CCUUGAUCCAUCAGCAGGACAGUCAUCCCGACCAGUAUCACCCAGUAGACGGGAUUCUUCAUCUUUAACGAUUGGGUUUUCCUCCGCUGCCAGAUGUCGUCCAGGAAAUAAAAUCCCGAAAAGCGCGUUUGUCCAAGUCCGCGAUCCUCCUGUGAGACUGUAAAGCAUCCACCGACACGCUCCACAGUAAGCCUGCUUCAGCUGGGAGACUAUUAUCAGCGAUGUGUGUGGGGUGGAGGGGUGAGGAGGGGUGAAAAAGAGAGGGGAGGGGGGUGCUACCUUUUUUUGACACAGCUACUUCCGAUGAAUUUUUUGAGUGGCUCCAUGACGCUUAUGGUCCACAUGCGCUGCUAUUACCGACAGCACCUUUAAAUUGAAGGAAUCCAAACAACAUAUUUCCGGUCCUGACCCGGUCCCUGCAGCUAUUUACAGUGGCUUCACGAGGAGUGAAGAGCUGCACUGUGCAAAAGUUUCAUGUGUGCGUUUAUACUUAUUAUUAUUAUUAUUGAAAGGUUUUCAGGUCUGCGGCCGUACAGCUAAUAACCGGAAAUAUCGGUGUGACAAGGAUGAAUAUGUUUGGAUGCUGUUUAGUUUACAGCUGUGAAAAGUACAAUUUUGAAAUGACUUUUUAAAAAAUAUUUCCUCAGUUUUCAUAUUGUCUCAUUUAGGUUUUGUGUGCAGAUAACUGGUUAUAGUUAUAGUAGCUACUUUUUGAAACCAUAAACAUCCAGAGAAAAAACAAGUUAAAGGGAUAUUCCAGCGUAAAAUUAAGUUAGGGCCAAACACACAGUAACACCGAGUUAGACACCCCAUCAAGAGAUGAAUAUUGCUGACCGCUUGCUUCUCGAGUUAUACCCUCUUUAUCAACGACUGCAGGAUAGCAAUACACAGCUGUCCCAGGCGAGUCCAUCGACUGCAGCGGGUGAGGUAGCUCAAGGAAGAACAUUUAGAAUAAUUUCUUUAUCAUUUCCUUGAAGUAAUAAUCAUCAUUUUAAUCAUUUUUCACUGCAGACAUGGUAGUUCUUCUGCCUUAGCGUCUCGGUCUGAUUGCAUUUCAAUAAAGAAAUGGUCAUAAAUGUUCUUCCUUGAGCUGCCUCAACCCACUGAGGUAGUGGACUCACCUGAGAUCUCCAUACAAACAAGUGGCUGCUGGAAGAGAGUGGGUGAGCUGUGUUUGUCUCGACAGCGCGUCUAACUUGGUGUUAAGGUGUGUUUGACCCUAACUUAAUUUUAUGCUCGAAUAUACCUUUAAUUUGCUUUUCAGACAUCAUAAUACAAAGGGUUCAGGAUAUCAGAAGAUAUCCAAGAUAAGAGGAGCAUCCUUUCAAAAGUUCUGGCAUCCUCAUCACCAAUAUUUUAUUUUUUGUCAAGUAUACCCGUGAAGAUAGCUGAAAUCAGUUUACAGAGAAGUUUUUGAUACACAUAGAGUUUAAAGGCUCUGCAGCAUUGUGACCUGGGAUUUCCACUUCAUGGAGGACUGCACAGUAUUUUUAUCUCUUGUCCUGCCCCUUGCAAAAGAAUGUGAUGACAGGCAUUUGGUUGGCUCAGAUCUUUUGUCAAUGCAUGGGGGAAAGGGUUUGCCAACCAGUCAUCCUCCUCUUCACCUUUGUUAUAUCCACUAAACUCUGACACUAAACUCCAGAGCUACUUUAUCCCAAGUAAAGGCAGUGAUUGGGGAUGGAACAGAAAACUUGUCUGUUCCCCUCUGCGCUGUCGUUGUUAUUAACUCUCUGCAUCACAGAGGCAGCUAAGAGUGCAAGAACGACUCCCAUCCAGGAUCACUUUUUACACACCAGAGAACAUCUGUCACUGUAAACUCGAUCUGUUUCAUCAGUGUUCUGACUCUACAUGAUGAUUUAAACAUCUUUAUUUAUGCCCUCUGUGAUUUUAGAAAAACUUUGAGAAAAUCCAGAGAAUCCUUAUAAGUAAAUCUUUUAAGCAUAUUAUUAUUAUUAUUAUUAUUAUUAUUAUUAUUAUUAUUAUUAUUAUUAUUAUUAGAAGAAAAGAAAAGAAAAAUAGAUUCUUAAUUCUUCUUCUUCUUCUUCUUCUUCUUCUUCUUCUUCUUCUUCUUAAUAAUAAUAAUAAUAAUAAUAAUAAUAAUAAUAAUAAUAAUAAAAUAAUAAUAAUUAUUAUUAUUAUUAUUAUUAUUAUUAUUAUUAUUAUUAUUAUUAUUAUUAUUAUUAUCAUUUUUAUCAUCAUUAUUUAUCGUAGUUGAUUUCCAUAAUUGGGCAACCCAGAUCUAGGCCCAACACAUGUUAUAUUCUCCAGCUAACAAUAAGAAAAGGUCUGGCCUUGUUUUCUCCAGUUAACUAUACAGAGUCUGCACAGUUUUUUUUUGUUUGUUUGUUUGUUUUUUUGUUUUGUUUCUUUGUUUUUAUUACUUGCCUUUUUUUUAUUAAUCAAUCUUUUUUUAGUGUAAGGUGGGGUAGGCAGGAUUCUGUUAAAGAAGCAUCUUUUUUCGUGGUGUAUCUACAAAAAAGCUUUUAAUAUCAGUCAAUAGCUAUUAGUUAUUGAUGACAUUUGGUAAUAUUAAAAUAUUGCUGUUUUUAUUUUUAUUUUUUAAUGUCUGCGUAGUCAACAUUUCAUUUUUUGUCAAACGGGACCUGCUGCGUGUUGGAGCGCGGCUAAACCGUUUACCUCGAGUCCUGGAGUAUGUCACUUCAUCCUAGUUGUAGAAGUCCUGCAAACAUUGUGUUUGCUGGUAGUCUGUUGGCAUCUACAGUAGCAGCAAUGCUUUUUACAUUCACGUUGACUGGGCCCCAUUUGUAAUUAUGUGAAGUAUUUAUCUGCAUUAUAUCUGAAUUUAAUUAAAACGAUACCAGGCGAGCAGGAGCACCUGUUUUAUAGGCAGGGCUUGCUGGAGCAGAGCGGGAGGGGAGGGGAGGAGCUGAGGGGAAAACUGGUUGGGAGGGGUAGUGUUUACAUUCAAGAUUUCUCCCCAAAACUGGCACUUCCUCAGAUCCUGCCUACCCCACCUUUAAGUCUGCAUUUUGGGUCCUUUUCCUUUUGUAAAACUGUGCCACAUGACAGAAAGUCAUCUUCUCGAGAGCUUUCUCACAAACAAUCCUCACAAAUAGUCAACUGUUUCCACAUUUGAAUAUUACAUCACUGGCCUCUGUGUUGCUGCAACAGUGAAAGAUUAUUGGAGGAACAACCCCCCAAAAAUCAGAAUCAAAGUACUGUAUUUAUCCUGGGAGAAAUUUGGUGGCUUUAGUUUUUCAGAUCCCUCUAAGUUUCAAACAACACAAUGCAAAAGUUCAGAAAACUUUGGACUUUUAAUUUGAUUGUUGUUUGUAUGCUUUACCUGACACUUUUAGACCAAGUGGGCCCAAGCUGAGGAACUGUUUUGAACUGUUGAGCUCCCUCUGCGCCGGUCAUGGAUUUGAGAGAGAGAGAGAUGGUGAUAGAUGUCGUCCCAUUAUUUGUCUUUUCUGGACAGAUGAUCUGCAAAAGAUUUAAAUGGGAAAAACUAAUUUGGAUGAUGAGUUGUCUGCUGUUUCUCAGCGUACUAACCAGCUGAGGAUUUAUAUUUUUCGAAACCGACCUAACCCCUCACGUCUUUAUGUACACAUGUUGUAGCCACAGAGGCAGCUUGUGCUGCAAAUGAUUGAACAUCAGCAGGUACUUUAAUCACCAUGAUCUGAAUUUAUCUGCAAAUAUGAUCAGGCUAAACCAUAGACUGUAUGUACUAUGCGCAACUUGGUUCCACCUCCCGCCUGUAUACGGAUUUGAAGCCAAAAAGCUCUCAGUAUUUCUGUGAUUUUUCUUCAUUUCCUGAAACCAGCGCCGCUGUGAACAUUCGGGCGCGCAGUCACCGAGAGUCGCUGUGAUGAUGCUCGGCUCAAACAGCGUAUCCUCCGGGAGAGCCACGCAAUCCCUGAACGCCCACAGGCUGUAUCAGGUGUCAGUCAUAGAAAACAUGAACCCCCUAAUAACUUUUAAAAACGGAGCUGUACAGAAAAAGACUUGGGCACAAACCAGUCUUACUGUAACUACAUGUCAACAUCACAAGCAUCGGGGAGAAAAAUUUAUGUUCUGUGUAAUAAAUUUCUAAAGUUUGUCCACAGCCCCAUAAGCUUUGUUGGAGGAGGCGGGAUUUAUGACCUAUACUGCUGCCCAUCAACAGAGGGUGCUGUUCUCGGAGUGGCUUCACCCAGAGAGGAGGCAGACUCUGUUCAUUCUUUAUACAGUCUAUGGGCUAAACCUGUUUUCAUACAAAUAAUAUUUUUAGCAUGAAAAUACUGUAUAGGAGAGCUAAUAUUGGCUUUUAUCAGUGCAUUUGUUGCUCCCUGACCUAGCUUCAUGGUCCCUCUGUCUUUCCUGUUUGGAGUCCAGUUUUGGAUAUUUAAAGCUAUAAUGCAUAACUUAUGUUGCCCCCUCGCGGAUUUUUGAGUUAUUACAAUGAUAUGCACAUCACACACAAUAACACUCACCAGACACAGCAUACUGUUCGUCACAGUACACAAAGUAACACUGGCUACAAAAUGUGUACUGUUCGUCUCAUUAGACGGAGAAACACUCACGACUUACCGCAUACUGCUGGUCAGUACACAAACUAUUACUGUCCACACAACGUGUCCUUCUCGUCAUGGUACACAGAGUAACACUCGCGACUCACCUCAUACUGCUCAUCAUGGUACAUGGACUGUAACUGUCUACACAAGGUGUAGGCUACUAAAGUUACUCGUCACAGCACACAGACUCCCCGCAGUAAGUUACACACAGCAACACGGGCUACACACCUUGUAACUUAAUGCUCGUUAGGCUAAUGUUACACAAUGUGGUGAACACCAGGCUGCUAACAAUACCUUACAUUCAUGGCACCAUUUCCAAGAAAAUAAUGAAGUACUCGGCCCAGUCCAUGUAACAGCAACACAUCCUGCUCAUAAUGAACAGAGUCACUAACUUAUCCAAUAGUAUCAAGGCAACACUGGUGUUGGACCUUAGUCCAAUCUCCUCUCCAUCGAGGAAAAGUGACACCAAUGUAUAUCUGCGUUAGUGUUUUCCCUUUGUUACUCUCUUUGGCAACAGACCUUCUGCCAAAUGGGAAGGCUUUUUCUUUCUCAUAGAAUCCACUUCUUAACUCCUUGGUUGUUUCUUCUGGUAUUGCCACCAUGUUGCUUCCAGCAGUGCUCUCCUCCACCCUCCCUUCACAUUGUCAGGUAAAACCAAGUAGAACGCGUCAUUUCCUGUGUCCCAGCGUGGGAAUGUCGCCCCUCGACACCAAAUAAAAAAAGAACAAAUACUGAAAAAGGUUGCUGUUAGAGGAGCCAAACGGCUUGAUCAGCAUUGUAUCAUAUCCUCUUGUAGUGGCUUGGGUGAAACGGAUAUUUACAGACAUGUAGAAGUUACGCACUGUAGCUUUAAUGAAACGACUUCUAACUUCCUGGGUCUGCUGUGCUGGACAGAUGUCUUGUGGUUUAAUACCAGAAACAGUCUCAAGUAAUGUUAUGUAUGCAUUCUCAUCAAAAAGCUGCAAUGCUGCAACUCAAAGGACAUGAAUGUCUCAGGCAAUAUUGUCUCUGCGUACCCCUGCCUGUCAUCCUGAAACUUCACUGGAUAUCUUGACAGAGUUCUUGCAUCUGUGUUUAUUUCUCCUGGUUUGUACUUUCUCUCAAAAUGAAAGUCAACCAGCUCACUAACCCAACAGUAGAUAGAUGUCCAACAGAUAGGUUGGUGAGGCAGGCUGUGCUGAGGACAUCACUCAGAGGAUCAUCGUCUGUUAACUGUAAAAGUUGGAGCAUGGUACACAUAGUCAUGGAACCUGUCACGGAUGGCCCAGUUUAGAGCCAAGACCAUCACAGGAGUAGAGAUGGUCAUUUCUCUCAGCGGGUAUCAGAGUCCUUGAGCCAUAACCAAUAACCUGUAACUUGUACUGACACUGUUACGAUACUGCUCCCAGACCAUCACUGGAUGCAUCAGUAUGCAGUAUGGAUGAGGGGUCAAAGAUUGGAUUAACGAGAAUGGGUGGAUUUGCCGGCAUAUCCAAGAGCUUGGCUACCACUUCCCUAUGUUCUGCUUCCAUGUGAUGGCUGUUUUUGAUGGAAGCUGUUCUUCAUCUUUCACACCAGCUCUGUCUUUCGUUUUACUUUUCUGUUGCUGACUGUUUUCUUAUGAGUUUCUAUGGUUUAGGGAGUUUGGAAAAGUCUGGCCAAGACAGUUCACACUUGGUAGGCAGAUGAGAACUUCUCAGAGGUAGUUUAUGUGAUCCUCAUAGAUUGCUGAGUUAAUCAGCCCAUCAGCACGGUAUGAAGCACAGUACACACCUUGAAUCCUUCCAGGCAGGCCCUACAUACACCUCUGAAAAGCUGAAGGUGCAUUUGUCAAUCCAAAUGGGAUCCAUUUAAACAACCUCUGAGGUUGCCUGGAUUCUUCAAUCACAAACCCUUUGUGGUAUAUGCUGCCUUGAUUUGCGGCUUCAACCUCUGUCUCGGGCGUUUUGCACAUCCUCUUCGACCUCCUUGUACAAAGCCUUGAGUAUGGCGUUGUUGCGCUCCGAACAGGGUUGUUGUCUGCAACAAUCAGCUCUAUAAGAUUAUUGUAUGACUACAUUCUUAAUUAUAAAUUGAUGAUCUUUGUAAAUUUCAAGAUGAGUUCAGCUAAUCUGCAGAUGAUUUCUAGGGAUAACAGGUGAUUUAAAGAUGAUCUUAAGAUGAUCCAAGUAUUAUUUCAAAAUUAAUUCAGGUAGUUUCAGUUUUUAUAACUGAUAUUUUAGUGAAUUCAGGUGAUCUGAGAAUGAUUUAAAUUCAGCUGGUCUAAGAAUGCUACAUUACAAAGGAUAAAUCUCAGUGGGUGAUUUAAGGUGAUAUUAAUAAGUCUGUAAGCAGAACUGUGGAUGAUCACAUGAUCUGAGGAUGCAGCAGUUUAUGUGAGAAUAGGUGAUCUGAGCAAUCACUGGAUCAUUAUAGAUGUAUUUCACAGUGAUUCAUCAGGAUACAUCUCAGAAUGAUUUCACUGUGAUUUCAAGUAUUCUUCAAGUAAUCUCCAGCUGAUUUGAUGAUGGUUCUCCAAUGAUUUUGGGUGACUCAUGGAUGAUUUCAAUCUUUUGGUGAUUUCAGAAAAUUGAUUGGAGUUAAACUUAGACUGAUUUCAUUAAGAUUCAAUGGGACAUUACUGCACUCAGAUUGACUUCAAUGUGAUUUCAAUAUGAUUUGAAGUGAUAUUAAGAUGAUUUGAUGUUGAUUUAUAACCAUUGUAGGUGACAAAUGGAUGAUCUCAGGGUAAUCCUAGAUGAUCAAAAUUGUUUUAUGUGAUUUCAGAGUAAUUAAAGCAGAUUUUAAUCUGAUUUUUUGAAGAUUUUAAAAUGAUUUUAUGUGACAAAAGUAUUAUUUCAGAAUUAUUUCUGUAUAAAUCUGCAGUGAUUAUUUCAGAAUUAUUUUAAAAUGACCUUAAAUGAUUUGAUGUUACAUAUCCAUUAUUAUUGUGUAAUGACUGAUAAUCCUUUAUUAAUGCAUGAUUUCAAAAUAAUUGAUUCUCUAACUAAGAACUUUUUAUUUUUUAUUGGACGAUGAUAUAAAACAACAUGAGGCUGAUUUCAGAUUGAUCAUAGUAUGAAUCCAGGAGGUGUGAAAUCUGGUUGGCCUCAGAAUGCUUUCAAUAAAAGUUCACAAUGCUUUAAAGGUCAUCUCCAGGUGAUCUCAGACUGAUUUCAGUUUGAUUUACUGUACUUUAAUCUAAUAUUAGAAUGAUCUCAGAAAUUACUUUUUAAUCUUUUAUCAAUGAUUACAUGUAAUAUUAGGGCCCUUUCAGUACAAUUUUAACAUUAUUUCAUGAUCAUUUUAGCUGUAGUUGGGAUGAUGUCAGACUGAGAUCACUAUGAUUUACAAUGAAUUCAGGUAAAAUUUGGAUGUUUCCAGGCAUACUCAGAUCAAACUGGUUAAUCUUUGGGGGAAUUUGAAAAAUAAUUGUGAUCACGAGACAUCAUGAAUUAUGAAUUCUUUUUCACUUAUUCCAGAAUAAUUUCACAUGACAUCAGGAUGGUGUUGAAAUGAUUUUAUUAUGAUUUCACUAUGAUUUGAAGUGAUUCCAUUAUUUGAAUCUGAUCCCAACUAGAUUUACACUGAGACUAUUAUGAUAAACAAGCACACAAAAACAAUGAGAACAUGAAUCUAUGUAAACCAGAGUUUAUAAGCCAAAUCAUAACAACAGUACACCUAAUACUUUGUAAUAUCCAUAACCUGUUUCAUAAAAAAAUGUCACAACAUUUAUAUCUAAAUGUUCUCCACUGCAGGACUAUCACAGAAUAAACCCAUUUGUGCUAUACAUAUAAAAGACCUUUACACUGACCAGGGGUCCGUUUCAUGUAGCAGGUUUAGUGGAAACUCUGAGUUUGUUAACCCUGAAAUCAGGGAAACUCUGAGUUUUCCGUUUCACAAAGGAGGGUUAGUUAAACCAGGGAGAGAGGGGUAACUCUAACCUGUUUCACAAAGAGAGGUAACUCAACCUCGCGGUCAGUUACCACAGUAACAGACUCCGUGAACCUAACCUGCUCGGGAGCAGGUUUAACUCAGUAAACCCAGAGUUUCAGGUGAGACAUCGGCGUUUUCUCAUUUUGAUCAUGUUUUACAUUGUCAAGUAAGUAUUAAGUGGCAGUUUGAUCUCUUAAAAAAUGCUCUUUUCACACUCAAAACUGAAUUUUACUCUCUUAUUAUGUUCCGUUAAAUGAUCGUCGAAUGGGGGGGGGGGGGGGGGGGCGCCUCUGCCUCCGUUAAAGGUGGGGCUGCUGGGCCACCACCCGUUUUUCUGGCAUCUGCCCUCUUUCUGUUUGCUGAGUGAAAGUCUAAUAUUGAGUGUAGUGUGUGUUAGUUUAAUAUAUGUACAUAUACAUACUGAGAGUUACUUUAAUAUUCCUAAUCAUUUAACGGAACAUCAUAAGAGAGUAAAAUUCAUUUUUGAGUGUGAAAAGGGAUCAAGGGAUCAAACUGCCACUUAAUACUUACUUGACAAUGUAAAACAUGAUCAAAAUGAUUCAAGCAGUUUCCCUGCAACAGUCUGUCAUUGUGAUUGUACGAGACUAGAUUUAAAGUUACGCAUUGACGCGAGCAGCGAUUUCCUCCCAUGCCCUCUCCCUCUCCUUUGCAGCUGCUGCUGUAUUGCACUUUCUUUUGAAAACGUGCUGUAAUUCGCUGUUGGCUUGCUGCUGCCCCCUCCUUCUCCCUGUUUCCAUUGGUUGAUCAUUGAAUCUGCGCUCCACAGAUGCUGGCUGUUUAUGUCUGGCGUGCACGUGCUUAACUCCAGGUCAAACUACUCGGAGUUGUUAAAACCGUCUCAAAUCAGGUGUUGUGAAACCGGAAACUCAGAGUUUCCUAACUCAGAGUAGAUCAACUCAGAGUUAAGGAUUUAACUCAGAGUUUGUUGAACCACCUACGUGAAACGGAUCCCAGGUUAACACAUGAUCUGGAGAAAACCUUCAGAGAAGUCAUCUCACAUCUUAAUUCAAAAACAAAAAAGACAGAAAAAAGACAGUUUGAGCAAAAUGACCCUGCAAUAAAUUUGACUGUUGUUCUUUAGUGUGAUGGAUGUCCUGAAGUGUGAGACACAUACACUGCUUUUGCAGUCCCACUCAGAGGAACUGUGAGCAGAAAUAUCCUCAAUGUUAGUGUUGAGCACCAUCUGCUGUCUCUUCCUGAGAGCUCACUGCACAGAGGAAAUUUCACAGCUUCAUUGUUUACCUGCUGUGUGUCUGUGUGUUUUUGUCUGUUUGUGAGCAUGUGUGUGUGUGUGUGUGUGUGUGUGUGUGUGUGUGUGUGUGUGUGUGUGUGUGUGUGUGUGUGUGUGUGUGUGUGUGUGUGUGUGUGUUUGUGCACUAAAAGAAAUAACUUGUCUGAUUAAGUUGAUAAAUCCUAAAAAAUAAUUUGCACUCAUAAUUUUGAGUAAAUUUUACAGCUGAAUCAUAAAGUAAAAUUUACUUCCCACAUAGUUUCUCAUUUGUGAAGAUAUUAAGUAAGUUUUACUUGAUUAUUCUGAUAUUUUCAUUUUUACAUACUAUGACAUACCAAAAUCUACAUAUUUUUUUCAAAGACAUUAACAUUUAUAACAUUAAAACGUUAAGUAGAUUUUAUUUAUCUAUCAUCUUUACAGUCAUGAAAUCAUUUGGUUCAUUUUAUUUGAGUUUAUCUUUUAAUAAUUGUGUUUACUAGUUUUUAUGAAGUUUUAUAACCUAAUUCAGUUAUGUAAAUGUCAAUUUUCUUUUGAUAACAUAAUAAUCACAAAAUUAAAAGAAAAUGUAAUUAUUUUGUCAUCAUUUUUUGUCAGAAAGCUUUAUUUAGAGAUAUAGACACUAAUUUCCUGUAGACAUUAUUGAUUUAACUCCUCAAAUAAAUGGCAGAGAUUUUGAUCUAUAUCAACAGUGUUUAUUUCACUUCCCUCUGAUCACUAAGACACAGGAGAAUUUGGAGCCACAUGCCACAGCAAACGCUGCUUUAAGUUUUAUCCUAAUUUAGGUUUUCGAAAUGUAUUUUUUGCUUUUAUUUUAUUUAUUAAUUUUAUAGUCUUUGACUGGUUGGCACUUUAUCUGACAUCCUUGUAAAAAAGAGACUCUGGUUCCCCAGACUGUCCUGAAAACAAAGAUGUAUAUAUCAUAAGUUUUGUGCAUCACUGUGCUGAAAUUAUAGCUGCCUUUUUACACAUGGAAACCAGGCCUGAAAAAUGAGGGAAAAUAGGGAGAUAGAAUAAAAGAAAACAAAGCCAGAGAUGAGUUACCAUUUUAGAGUGAAGUGUUUGUGAGAAAAUAAAGUUACAAAUUCACAAGAUCAUAAAGUUGUCAAGUUGUGAUACACAAGAUGGCAAAUUGGUGAGAAAAAACAGUCAAACAUUAUGAGAAUAAAGUUUCCAAUUUCCGACAGACUGACAACCAAAUUGUUAAUAUUUUCUUUAAUUACUGUUCUUUCUAUAUAUUUUUUUUUCUUUGCAUACACAGAAUUUUGUCAUGUUAAUGUUAUUUUCUGUUCAUUUAAGGGCCAAGUUUUAAAAAAUGACAGAUCUGAGAAGCAAACAAACUUCAUGAAGUGACAAAAAAGCUGAUCACAGCGCUUCUUUAGUUAUAUCACAAAACUCUAAAUUCAUAUGAGCAAGAGUUUUACUGGGUUUAAUCUCUCUGCCCCUCACCCUCUUCACCAAUCAGCAGGCAAGCCCUCUGAGUGUUACAGGGAUACUUAAACAUGUUUGAAGUGGGGUUAAAGAUGUCAUAUAUCAAGGGGCUGUCACAACAUUAGAUUUCACCUCAUGGUUAUCCUGGCCAUAAAUCUCACAAUUCUUGUGAAAUUGAUGGAAAACAUGAAAUGUAAAACAACACAUAAGGUAAAAAAGCUGGAAAAGGUUAUACAUGAUCAUAACAUUUAAAAUUCCAAGUAAAUAUGAAUGAGCUAACUUACCCGUCAUGAUCCAUUUCUAACUAUGUUCAAAUGUAUGAUUUAUCCACAUCAGUGGUUGUGACUGAAACUCCUUUAGAGAAGACAAGACCUUAGACAAGACUAAAUGAUAGUUUGGCAUGCUCUUAUUUUUCAAACCACUGCUUUUAUUUUGGAGUGUAAGCCACUUCCUGUAAAUCAUAAGUUACUGGAAACAGAAGAACAGUCAGACAGUAAGAAACAGGCUCCAACAUUGUCUAUGAAUUUGCACUAAUCUGUGAAAUCUGAGCUUUUCAAAUGGUUAACUCAUCUCAGCGAGCUACUUCAGGCAUGUUCUCGGACAGUCUGCUGCUACCUCUCCACAGCAUGAAGGACCUGAGCACCAGAGAAACAGCACUCCUCUGUUACAUGGAAAAAUAAGAAUAAAACUGAAAUAAUACAAGUUAUUUGGUCCGUCACAUUUCCAAAGCACUUCAUAUAGAUUAUCUAUGCAGCAAUAGCAGAUGUAAUAUUAUGAUAAAGCAUAUGUCAUUGGGGCUAAAGACAAAGAGAAAAGUAGUAAUAACAAUGAUGAUGACACGUACAUACAGGGCACCCCAGUAAUUAAAAUCAGUUAGAAAUGAAAGCAUGGAUCCAAUUAUUAAUGUAUUAUCAAUAUUUUUCCUCAUCAGUUAGGGAUGCGAAUAGUCAUAGAUGUUUGUGGAAAUGCUGUUGUUUUUAUGUUGUAAUGUGAAUUCCAAGGCUAAGACCAGAAUCUAAGAUUACUCCAAGAUUUCUGACUUAAAACACAUUAUUUUCAGGUGUCAGUGGAUUUUGGCUCUCUGAUUCUGUCUGCAAAUAUUUCUGUUUGUUUGAGGUUUGAAAAAGUUGAUUGCCAUCCAACAGUUAAUGUCUGCAUCUGUCAUUUUCAUUAUCAUUGGAAGUAGGUGUAGUAGUAGUACUACAGCAGUAGUAGUUGUAGUUGUGGUAGUAAUCACUCUUUUUACCGAAGUUCAGGGCAGGGAGCUAUCUGAGCGUCAAAUUUUUUUAUCCAUUCAUUCAUUUAUUCAUGUAUUCACUCAAUAAUCUUUUACAUUUAUUGAUUUACAUAUUGUGUGUGUUGUUUUUCCAAUUAUAUAGUGUUUGUUUGGCUCCAUCACUCUGAGGUCUGAUGUCUCUGUGGAUGCCUGGAGCAAGUGUUCAUUUGGUUGAAACCUAGAGGAAGACGUAUGUGUAAGAUGAAAUGAUCAGGUCGUUAUUUAUAAAGUCAUUAUUAUUCUUAUUUUCCUCUAGCUGGUUUGGACAAACUUCUGCUCUGCUGCAUCUGUCCUUCUUGGCGGUCUGUCACCCUCGUCUCAUUAUUUUGGAAAUUAUGUGUCAGACUUUCCCUCUGAAAGCCCUUUCUUCAUGUCAAAGGACUUAUAAAAACACAGGAAAAAAUAAUGAGAUCUCGCUAAGAGAUUGAGCAUGAGCACGUUCUGGAUGUUAAUGGGUGAAAGGUCUCCUUGUUUCUCCUCAUAAGCAUGAGACUCUGGUCUCAGCCGGAUCUGCAGCAAAGCAGAUCACUGCAGAGAAGCCUUGACUAAAAGGAUUUCAAGCACAGAUAUUUUAUCCCACUGCUUUCAAACUGGAAGCUUAAUUGGCCCAUCUGUGUUUGCUGUUUGUGAAUUUACUGAGUGGCUGCAGAUGAUGGGAAUAUGAACUUACCUUUUUACCUGCAACAGUUUAUCAGAUCAGCUGACUGUCCUCAGGGAUAUAAUCAGGUUUGACAGUUAGCAUCGGUGAAUAUGUUUGAGCUGAAGCAAAAUGAGGGGUCACUACAGAGUAUGAGGUGGACAGAAGGUCUCUGGGAUAUGCUUUCACCAUAAAAGAUUAGGGAUAAAGACCUCCCCCAGAAAACCUUUGAAGGCUAGUUCUGCCCUGCUGUCAGCCAAAGCUUGAGUCAGUCCAACCUUUUGUACCUGUGAGUCCCAAACUGGGUUUAAAAAGGGCCCAUGCAUGGACAGACUGGAAUUCCUCAUUCAAGGUCAAAUGCUGCUUUUAUUUUAGUCUGGGAUUGGAAACAAUAAGUCUGAAUAUGAUGCCAAAAGACAAGAUAACCAUAAUUAUUCACUGUCCUGAACUGUCCCAGUCUUGAGUCCAGCAAGCCCACAGUAAGUUCCCUCUUUCUGCUCCUAACUGCAGAAAAAACAGGCAGACACUAUUUCAUUGCUACAGCAUAGUCCCACAAGUUUGUGUAAUGUGUUCAGAACUUAGGACAAAGCAGGAAGGACUAUUGAGGAGUUCUGGUUGUGGUAUAAAGCUUUCUACAUAUUCAUUUGUGCCACUGACAGUCAGAUAAAAACUGAUUCAUUAAAGGAAAUGACUCCACAGUUGAACCUAUGAAACUGUGUACUGCACUGCUCUUAAUUUAAUCUGAUUUAUGACAGACCUACUGUUACCACAGAAAAGUGUAUUUUAGAAAUCAUUGCUUAAAGCAAGACUUUUUGGGGAAAGAGGUAAAAAGUCAUAAAAAGUUACAGAGAUGUAUUUGAAAGUAUGACAAUAUAUUAAAAAACGUGAAAACAAAAGUUCAUAAAAAUACUGCAGUUAGUGAAUGAGAAGAUGUACGAUUAUUUGAUAAAUAAUUUUUUUAUUUGCUUGUUUUUUUCAGUUAACUUUUAUUACUAUCGACAAGCAAACUCCAUGUUUAUUGAUUAAUUCAUAUCAUUGGACUUUUUGGUAAACUGUUAUAUUUUUUCCAUUGUUUAUAUUAAAGGUUUAGAGUUUUUCCAUUUGAAAAAAUGACAAAUAUGAAUCCAUAAUGCACAAAGGAGUUUAAUUUACUCCCUGAUUCCUGAACCUCUGACUGGUGUGCUGUGGUCUGGACUUCUAAGUGUAUUUGGAUUAGACUUGAUACAGUUCCACUCUAAUGUUCCACUGAACACUAGAGGGCACUCCUGCUUCGUCUCAGAGGAUAGAUGGAUCAGCUUUCUGCAGACUCUCAUAGUACUCAUGACAGUUAAGUUGUAUCAUGGAGUAUGUUGUUCUUCUGUCUGUGUGAAGUGAAUAAACCUCACAAACACCUUCAGAUUAUCAGAGUUUAUGAUUUUGAUGAAGAAGGUCAAAUUCAAGUAUUUCUUUGAUUUGUCCCUCAGUGUCUGGAAGCUUCAUUUUUUAAUUUAUAAACCUGUGGGAUAUAUAGAGAAACUACAGGUCUUGCAUCUUUUUUUGAAUUACUGAGCGUUGACACCGGGCCAAGUAUUUGUGUGAUCUAACUGUGUGGAGAAAUAUGAUCACUGAACCCGAGUACCUUUAGUACAUCCGUAAAGGAGUCUCCUGGUAGUGUUAGCCACAGUUUUCAGCUGUCAUGAUCUAUUAACAUAAAUUUAAUAGUGUUUACAAAAAUGAAUGAUUUAUUGCUGCUGAUUGUGACAUAUAAAAACCCCUUUAACAUCACAAAGCAGAGGCAGAAUAUUAGCAGAAACGUGUUCAUGAUCAAGCUUUGAAUAAAACUUAAUAACCCAUGCAUCAGGUGUUAAUUCGGGUGUAAGACGGAAUCAGAAAGAACCAGGACAGAUCACAGCUGCAUCUUAAAUGUAUUCAUAUUGGGAUACUAAAAUACAAAAAAAAUCCCACAGUUUCGACCUUAACACAUCUCACUCUAACUAUGAGUCCGGCAGUCAGAGCUGAGCUGAACCAAAAGAUCAGCCAGAUACCAGAGGGGAUGUCAAAAACCCACAGUCAGGUAUGAGUGAUAAGUUUCACAGCCUCACAGUUUGAGUUUUGUUUAUCUGUUUUAGGCUGGACAGUUUGGACAGUUGUCAUUUCAGCCAUGCAGGCCAGGCUCUACUGUACCUGUCAACAGAACCAGACUCAGUUUACAGGAUGACUGAACUGAUUAUGGUCCUCUCUGAAAUCUUCAGUCAUUGUCUUCAUGAAUUGAGAGAGUCAUUACAUUUACUGUAGGUCCCUGUUCGUGAAUUCUGUUUUUUGUAGCUGUUGUGUCAUUUUAAACUUUUAUCCAAGUAUUUUCAUUGGAGUAUGGAUCUUCUCUACAGAAAGAAAGAAGGGAAAGUAAAACAAAUAAGAGUUUUCCAUCAAUAGACCAACUGACAUCCACCAACUGACAGUCAGGUAAACUAAAGGAAAGGUGUGCUUACUGCAAGGAGUGCUGAUGCUCAGAUGGAUAAUUGUGAAGGUGUGUCAGCCCCAGAUCAGUAAUUCAUCAGCUUUUAAAUGAUAGACCUGGUCCUCACUACAGACAGCUGUCUGACACCACAGUCCACUGAAGAGGACACAUCUGAGUCUGUGGGAUGUCCUCAUUAUAUGAACCAUCAUUCACUGUAGGAGGACAGCUGUUUGACUUAGUCUAAUGACUGUAUAACCUGGACUGACUGUCUAAACCUGGUCUGAAUGUUUGUAUCAGUCCUGUAUCAGCCCAAGGUAUAAGCGAACCAAGUGCCUGCUUAGGCCCCCGCAGCCAAUAGGGGCUCCCCGAGCAAUCGAAAAAAAAUAUCUUUUUCAAUAAAUAUAUUUUUUUGCAUGUAUAAGUGAUGCUUUCUGUAUGAUCGCAUAUGUAUUAUUGUAAAAAUAAAAUAAAGUAAAACAUUUUAGUGCUGCUGAUGAUGUAGGCCUAUGAUUCUUAUUGCCGAUAUAUCAAAGCUCUGCUACCAUUAUGUGCCUUCUGCUCUGCAAUGUGCUCUUAGCAUCCAAAGUGCAGGUAGUUGUGGGGCAAAACAAUGUCGCAAAAAAAAGGCAUAUCCUUCAAGAGCAGAGAAAAGAAAGAGAAAGAAAAGAAAAAACGCCAUGAUAAAGGUAUGUUUGUAUGCCAUGGAAUGUUAAUCAAAGAGAUUUGUGAAGGUGUGUGAAUGAUAAACAAUCAUUAUUAUUGGGUGAAAUAGAGGGCCCCAAAAUCAAAUUUUGCUUAGGGCUCCAUCGAGACCUGUGUGCUGUAAGUUGAUGUGCUUUUUACUUCUCUUAUUGUUGUUCUAAUGGAUGGUGGUAGGUGUGUAAUAAACUCAGACAUACCUGCAGCUGACCGCUGUUUAUGUUUUUGUUGAAUCAAUAAAAAUAAUAGGAACGUUUUAGAUAGUGUUCAAUUGGUUGAAGGGUAGUUAAAAUACAUUAGUCACUUUUAAAAGGUGAUACUGAUGUCUCAUGGUAUAAUGCCAAAAAUGUAAACAAUGGUAAAGAUCUGUACACUUUGUUGUGUUUCUUUUCAUGAAAAAUAGUUAAUUUGAUCAUCAUAUUGUUGUCCUCCGGGUGUUGUAUUUAAAAAGUAUAUAAAUUAUUUCUUUUUACCUUUUGAAACUCAUUAUUUAUUAGCAACAUGUGUGCCAGAACAAAUUUUCACUCCCUCCUUGAUAAAGACAAUUUCUUUGGCCUGUAUACCUUGGUAAGAUGACUGAUUACAGCCUUCUGUGAAAUAGCUAUACUGCUGUAAACAGUGUUUUCCCCUCACAGUUUUCUUUUUAUGUUUCAGAUCAUCAAACUAAUCUGAAUAUCAGACAAAGAUAACCUGGGUAAAUACAAGAUGCAGUUUUUAAACCAUGAUUUCAUCAUUAAGGGAAAAAGCUCCAAACCAACCAGGCCCUAUGUGAAAAAGUCAUCUCUUCCUAAACCUGAUAGCUGGGUUGUUCCCCUUUGGGCAGUUGCUGUGAAGCAUCUGUGAUAACUGUCAGUAAGUCUCUCGCGUGACUGUGGAGGAGUUUGGGUCCACUCUCCUUUGCUGGAUUCUUUUCAUUCAGCUGUGUUGGAGUAGGCAGGUGCAAAUAUGAAAAAAACAAACAAACACCUAACCCAAAAAAAAUUCUAUCAAAAGGUUUCUCAGCCGUUUUUAUAAUAUAAGGUGUCCUUAAUAACAUACUUAAAGUUUACCAAAGUUUGACCACUGUAAAGGUGUCAUUUUCAAGAUAGCAUCCAUGAUGGGAAGGAAGCCUGGGGGAGACACCCCAGGUGAAUAGGGUAAAAUUUUUAACCAACAGAUAUCACCAUAAAACAAGUUUUGUCAAAUGUUAUGUUUGAAUAUGUGAAUGAGGCCAUAUCUAAUUAAAUUCACAUACAUUACCAGAACCGAAAACUGAACAAGGAAAACAGCCCAUUUCAAAAUUCUUGUUUUAUUUUUGUUGACACACGAUUGAUUCUCACGCUUCCCAUCUUGACAUGGUCCACAAAGAGACAUGCAUGGUAAUCCAUAUGCCCUCCAAUUGCACCAUUGGGUUUGGCAGGCAGUUAUGCAAAUACAGUGGAUCAUCUGCAGGAGACUUUCUGGGGCAGCAGUCUUACUGGUCAUAACUGUCAAGAACUGGUUGUCCACCAGUUUCCAUCCCCAGUGCACUGUGUUCAUGUCACCUUCCUUUCCAAUCCACACCAUGAUCUGGAGGUAAACUCUUUGGCAGUGGUAUUUGGUUGAGGUAUUAUAAAUGUAUAAAUUAGAUAUUGCCUCAUUUACAUAUUAAAGCAUAACAUUUGACAAAACUUGUAAUACAACAAAUAUUUGUUUAAAUGUAAGUUAUAAAUUUGGUUUAUGGUGAUAUCUGUUGGUUAAAAAUUUAACCCUAUUCACCUGAGGUGUCUCCUCCUGGCUUCCUUCCCAUCAUGGACGCUAUCUUGAAAAUGACACCUAUCUAGAGGACAAACUUGUUUGUUUUUAAGGACAUAUAAUACUAUUAAAAAAAAAAAAAACAGCUGAGAAACCUUUUGAAUUUUUGGGGGGUCAAAUCAUAUUUGCACCUGAAUAAAGGGUUUUCCUGCAUCAAUGGCCUGUUUGAGGUCAGGCCAUGGCAUCUCAGUCAGAUGAAAGUCUGGACUUUGACUGGGCCCUCCUAGACCUUCAUUUUGGGUUUUUUUGAGUUGGACUUGCCUUGGAUCAUGGUCCUGCUGCAGAACCCAAGUUUCCUUGAGCUUAAGGUCUUGAACUGAUGGCCAGACAUCCUUUUUCAGGAAUUUUUGGUAGAGAUGGCCAGACAUCCUUUUUCAGGAAUUUUUGGUAGAGAGCAGAAUUCAUGGGUUCAGUUGGCAGCAAACCAGCCCCAAACCAUCACACUACCACCACCAUGAGUGUCUGAUGGUCUUUUUCUUAAAUGCUGUUAGUUUGACUCCAGAUGUAACUGGAUUCAAACAUACCCGAAAGUCCCACUUCUAUCUGGUCAGUCCACAGAAUAUUGUCCCAGAAGUCUUGGGGGUCAUCAGUGUGUUUUUUGGCAGAUGUGAGAUGAGUUUUUGUGGUCUUUUCAGUCUCAGUGGUUUUGGUCUUAGAGCUCUCUCAUGGAUGCCAUUUUUGCCCAGUCUCUUCUUUAUCAUAGUAGAAGCUCCUGGUUUGGGAUGGUUCCAGGAGACCCAUGGCACCACAAUAUCUAAGGUAUUGGAGUUACACAGCUCAGCCACCCUGAAUGGUGACAUGAAUGGUUAAAAAAAUCAUCCUUACAGACUUAAUCUGAGCCAAGUGAAGGCUAAAACAUACAGGAUCCGUAUUGAGCGCCUAUUGUCAGCAUUGCAAGCAGCAAAUAGGUUGCCAUUCUAAUCAAUUCAGCAUCGUAUACAGGAUGCGUAUCAGCUCUGUUGCAGCAUCGUAUCGAUAGCAGCACUGCUAAAGAUACGUGACAAGUCUAUUUUUGCUGCUCUAUGCUUCCAAUGUGCAUCAAUCAGGGGAAAGGGGAAAGGGGUAAGAUUGUUCUCAACAGGAAGUUCACGCAUGAAAACCGCAUGUCUUCUGGUAUUUCAAAAUAAAAAACCAUAUGUGAACUCCCAACUGUGUAUCAGAUCGUGUAGAUGAGAAAUACUUCCUGGUUAUGGAUUUAUAAGUAACACAGAACAAUCUGAUGGUCAAUCCCUGAUACAUGUGGACCCAACAGGACUUUUAACUGCUACUCUGUCUGAAGGUAACAGCACAGCAUAAAGGAACAUAGUUUACUUAAUAAACACCAGUAAACCUGCAAAAACCAGAACUGUACAAUAAGGUUGCUUUUUCACAUAUAGUAGAGGCUCAACGGUAACUGAAUUAAAUCCAAAUUAGCAAGAAAUAGACCACAGAAAGACAAAACAACCUGCUGUGAGCAUGUUGCUUCCUCUGUACUGAGUCCAGCUGACCGAGGCUGCACGACACUGCUGCUACGCUCCAAAUUCACAUCCUAUAUGCGAUACCCAGGAAUGUUCUACAGAGCAAAUAUGAAACCCACUCAAUACGGAAUCUGUAUGUUUUCGGCUUGAGGCCUGCAGGGCUUUAGCUGUGUUUCUGGGCUCCUCUGUACCUCCUGUGUGAGUCCUCAGUGUACUCUUGGAGUAAUCUGGGUAGAUCAGCCUCUCCUGGGAGGGUUUCCAACUGUUCUACAUUUUCUUCUUUUUCUGGACACUGGCUCUCAAUGUGGUUCUCUGUAGUCCAAAAGCCUUAGAUAUGGCUUUUGGGACUCCAAAAUCCUAAAUGAGGAUGUCUGGUCACUAGGGAUGGGCAACAUAUGCUAAAAGAUUAGCCAUUCUGAUAAAAAAAAAUAUUAUAAUUCCAAUCAAUAGUUUUGACUCAUUUUGUCUUGAGAUUACCAGUUGGAAUAGUCAAAUGAGAUAGGGAAGACCGGGGCUUGUUGUCACAUGGGUAAGUUGUCACAUUGUAAUUAUCUUUGCCACCAGAGGGCGCAACUAAAUACUACUACUAAAUAAUACGAAAUAAUACUACUUUUCCUCCUUUACAUGGUCAGGGGGUGUGUCCUGUCUGAGAAGAGAAGAGCACAUUGUGAGCUGAGAUGAGCGCCAAUUAACCAUUUCACGCAACCCAAAGUAAAAAAAAGCUGGAGCUAGAAUUAGCAAACAUGGUAGUUUGGGGCAACAUGUCUCAGUCAUUUUGGGGUUAAUUGUCACAUGUUUAAAUGGGAUUUAAAUUAACACAGAGAGUCUGCUUAUCAGAAGUUGUCAUAUUGAAAUUUUGACUUUAUUUCCACUGAAAAAAAGAGUGGUUUAAAGGAGAGGAGAAAGCGAGAAGACAUGGUCAGGAAUUUCAAAAACAGGAUGUGGCAGUGCCUGACGUGAUGCUGAGGGCAGUCAGGCAGGUGACCCUAGCUAAUAAAUCAAUCUGGGCUACAGUAAAGGACUUUAAUGUCAACUACCAUACCUUGGCUUGGUACUGCAAAACAUUCACCCCAGCUGAAAUACAGAGUCACACAGAUCUCCAUACUCCAGAGCAUGUUGCAAAAUAUUUUGUGCUCUGUUUUCGUGCCUCGUCGGAGAUGUGCCACAGGCACGGUGUAAGUCAGGUCCGCCGCACUAACAAGGCGUUCCCAAGCACAAUUUGGUAUUUUGGUGAGCGGCGCAGCCCGGCGUAAGUAUCCCCCCUCCCUAACUCAGCUCCUCCCAGCAGCAUAAGUCGUAGCAAGGGAGGAGAGAGGGCGUGGAGUGGGUUUAACACAGCCGAGACCUGUAUUGACCAAUUAUAUCAGCUCCUCUCCUCGCAUUUAAAUCCGCCACCGGCGAGGUGUAUUACAAUUUUCGUGAGGUAGUCAAAGAGAUCAAGAGAUGUCUGAAGACAACAAUGCCACACGAUGAUGACAGAAGGCAGCCCCUCAACAAGUGUCACUGUAAGCGCUGCAUUGGGCGUCCUCCACACUCUCUCAUAUAAGCGCAGAUGGAUUUGGUGUAAGUUUGGACCCACUGGUAAGACAAACACCCUUUUCCACAAAUAAAGACACUCACAUAAAGUUGCAUAUAUUCAAACCUCACGUGACAAAGGUGGGUUGUGCGCAUGGACCUAGAUACUAGAUAUUUAAUUUAAUUUAAUUUAAUGUGGUUACAGCUGUGUUGAUUCGGUCAGGUUGUGUGUCCAAACGCGUGCCAAACGCGCUCAUCAGAUCAGACAUAGAUCAGAAUAUAUCUAUAUAGAUCUAAAUGUAUGUUCUGACUCAGAUUAUUAGUUGUUGAUGAUUAUUUAUUGCACUGAAAUGUGCCUGACACUGUGGAAACCUCGGUGACAUAUGCCGAUACACCGCCGGUCUACCAAAAUACCACUAGACCAGCUGCGCUCCACCUGCACAGAAAGCUGACCAGGUUUGAAUCGGCGAGCUUUCAGCGCACUUUAUAUGCCACCGGCAAGCACGAAAAUGUCACUGCGCCAGCUGAUUCUGUCAACACCUCCCUCUGCCUCGCCACCAUGCUCAGCAUGGCGGACCUCGGUGCGCCUCAGUCCACGAAAAUACCAAACUGGCUUUACGCCGGGCUCCACCAGACGAAAAUACCACUGCGUGGGGUCCGCUACCCUCCGCCGGUGAGGUGGACACGAAAAUAGAGCCCUUUAUGUUAACGUUUGUUCAGUGGCUAUGUUCAACAACUUUUUCUAGCUCAAUGAUAAACAUUUUCUGUGCCUGACUUUGAUGUUCACUUUCAAGUUAAAAAAUGAGAACAACAAUAAUUCUGUCUUUGUUUUAUUAGCUGCAAAAUCCACUGUGACAUCUUACCCAAUGAGACAUUUCAGCGGGGUAGCUGAAAACGCUUUUCUGGUCCGAGUUUGAUUCAUGAUAAAUAGUAUUAUCCAUUGGAGUGGCGGAAAAACAACAGGUGCCACUUCAAGAAACUGUCCAGCCUUGCUCGCAGGUAACUCUCAUGUCCACCCUCCUCUUUGCCAAAUGAGAGGGUGUUCAGCACCAUCAGUAACAUUUAUGAGGAGAAGUGUAGAUUCCUCAAGGGAGAAAAUGCAGAAAAGCUGUACUUCCUACAUUACAACAUUCCAUUGCUGAACUGGAAGUAUUAAGAGCAACUCACAGUUGUAGGGGCUUGUGAAUGUUAUAUUAAUAUUGCUCUUAUGUUAAUAAAUACCUCAUUCUUUUGCAGUUGUUUUUUUAUUGUUUGUUUUGAGGGAUGUGAGUUAUGAAGAUGAUGAGCAAAAGAGUUAGAAGUUAACUUAACUUAAUAUUAUUAAUAUUACUAAAAUAAACAAAAUUUCAUAUAUAUUUUUUUUUUAAUCAGCAAUCGGAUUUUUUCCUCCAUAAUAAUCGGUAUCAGCAUCGGCCCCAAAAAUCCAUAUCCCACUUAUCCCACUUUUCAAAUCAACUUUUGGGCUUUCAGUAUUUUUUUUUUUUUCUACAACAAAAGGAAGUCAAAGUUUGGAGCAAAUUUUAAGCCAAGUGGAUCAAUAAUAAUAAGAUGGUGAAAUGUCUUUUUUGAAGACCUAUCAUAAAACUGUCUCUAAAAAUUUUGACAAACAUUAGACAAGUAACGCUGACUAGAAUGAGACUAUAGUGGAAACUGAGCCCCUCUGACUAAAUUUUGACUAAACCAAAACUAGACACAAAGAUAAAAAUGCAACUAAAACCAACCUCAGUUUUCUGAAAAUGGCUGGACUCUUAUCAGUGUCAGCUCUGUGGUAAACAUACUAACUCAUUAUAUUUAAGAGCUGAUUAUAGACUAGAAAUAUGUAUUUUUCCAGGGAGGUAAGAAGAAUGAAAAUCUAGUUGAAUUGUUAACAUGAUCUGCUGACAGACUGUUAUUAUCAACUCUAACCCGUGGCAAUCAUGACUUUUAACUUUUAUGUUCUCUUUUACAAUACUUGAGCAAGUCAAAGCUGUUACAUGAGAGGUGAGUGUGCUGAACAUCUGAUAUUAUUUAAUAUGUUUCAAAAAUGAAAGCGAGGGAGAAAGAGAGAGACUGAGAGGAGCUCCUGAAGGGCCACAAACAAUUCAUGCAAGUAGAGGCUGACAUGGAGCAGAGAGAGACAAGGCUAUGUUGGUGUUUGAUGGGCCAUUUUGGUGACUGGGUAAAGCCUUAUACAGAGCUGGGCAUGGAGUGGGGGGGGGGGGGGGUUGUCUUAAAAUAAGGGUAGUUGCAUUCCUGAGCUGUUCCUACCCACACUGUAAAACUAACAGUGCCCCCUCUGUGAGGUGAACACCUCCUAACUUAAAGCAGUCUGUUCUCACCAGGAUGCUGGCAGCUGGAGGCAGGUUGAGAACAGGCACCAUUUGCAGAUCUGUCUUUUCCACUGGACACACAGUGAUGCAAACCGGGGCCACUGCUCCAGUCUGCUCCAGACUGCCUUAUGAGAAUGAUUCAGCUCACCCUCAUGUGAGAGUCUGCCACCCGCAUCCCCACCACACCAACGCAUAAUUCCAUUAAUCAGUUCAAUUUCCCUGUGGGCAGUGGUUUAUUUCCGUCAUCAGAUGCCUGAUGAAAUCUUUCGAUGCUGCAUAUUAGGGAACAAUCCCUACAAAUAGCUGAUAGUGUUAACCAGUCACAAGCUGGGCCAAGGCAGCGCUCAGCUCUAAUUUGAAAGGGACUGAGGUGAUAAUGCCAUGUGUCAUCCUUUUUGUGGGCGUGCAUUAAUGGCGCCAGCCAAGGUGGCAAUUGAUGGUAAAUCAACUUUUUCCAGCGGGAAUGGGGACAGAAGAAGGAGGGGGGUUUAGGCUUGAGGACAGAGAAAGAAUAUUGACUGGCAAACUGCAGAGCUACAGUGGCCUUUAAUCCAUUACUUCUGCUGAUGGGGAAGCUUUACUGCAUCUCAGCUACAGAUGGCCUGUGCAUGCUCCCUGUCUUUGACUGCUGAGCUGUCUGCUGAGUUGCUUGUUACUAUGAGAGCUGUGGAGCCUGAUGUGGGGAUGCAAAUAAAGCCAUCCUGGUCUGUUUUAUUCAUUUUCUCACUUAAACCUGGAAUAUCUGAACAGCUUUACAUGAAAAAGUUAGAAGAUGUAGCAACCAUCACAAUACAGAAUAUGGGAUAUAUUUCCUAGGAUAUUCAGAGUGAUAAAUUAUCAUGCUAAAUUUUUAUCAUUUUAAAAGACGUAUGCUAAAACAUCUGGUGUGUUUGACACAGGGAUCAUCAGAACUGGGCCAGAGGGAAGACUGGACUGCAACAAGAGACUGCAUUUGUAUCUGCAAAAAGCAGACAGGGACAGCAGUGGGUCUGUGUUCUGGUGCCUUGAUUCCAUACUUUGAAUGCAAUCUUGUUUUUUCUUUUGAUUUAACUUGAAGGGGCAGGUGAAACUGGCUCAUUAUGCUCAGGCUGAUCUGGUACAAUGUCAUUUAGCAGGCGCUUUUACCCAUACGAGAACAAGAGCAACACAAGCAAAGAGCUAGACAAGAAGAAACCAGAUCAGUCAGAGCUACAGAGGGCUUCAAGUCCAUUAAGUCACAAUAACUGCCAAGCAGUGUUAAAGGUAAUACACAGGAGGGAAUUAAGGUUUUUUGUUUUUUUUUGGAUGGACAUCGACAACAUGAUCUGUAAGUGGGACAAUGGUAAAACACAGGACAGGGAGUUAAUAAGCCAAGUCAAGGGAGCAUACAACAAUGAUCCAUUUUGGCCGAACAAAUACACAGCAUAUCACUACAGCUCCAAAGGGUGAGCAAACUGUAGCACAGAGUCCUCUGAUUGUGGGCCAUGUAAACCUGCAGGGCUUAUAAACCUGAAAGAAAACCUCUUGUACCAUUGUUAGUUGUGUGGAAUCAAGCUAUAGACCAAAACUGUUAUAGACGUUGAAUUCUGCUCUAAAGUCUGACAUUUUACCUUGGGCCUUUUUGAGGAUUAACUCUGAGUAGAAAGAAGGUGGGACACAUCAUGCCACCUACAAGUGCUACGAAUUAGAAGAUUCAAGAAGAUUUGACAGGAGGACUUUCUGUUUCACAAGUGAUACUCUAACCUGAGGCCAGACAAAGAGCUAUGGUUAAUCAGUCAGUAGAAGUUUAUACUGAUAGUUGAUAGUGCCAUAGGAAAAAGCUCAGAUACGUAGAGAUGGAAGCAGAAGCAGAAGCUGAAAAGUAAGGUCGGAACGUGGGGGGUUCCAGUCAGAGUACAAUGGAGAUAAUUUAUAGGACAACCAACUCAGAGAAGUGGGUAUACAUGCACACAGUCUGCAAGGACAGUAAAGAAUAUGUCAGACCAAAGGUCAUUACAUACGAAAAUGUGAAAUAUUCGGCUUAUGCCUUUUCCUAUACACACCUGGUGCAACACAAAUAAAAUUUGCAUAUUCGCAUAAAAAUACGUCCAAGGAGAACGGGGGAGAGAGGAGAAGGAGAAAAAAAGGCAACUACAUCCUCAAGUUAUGAGGACCUGGUCAUGGUUGUAAGUCUAUUAAAUAACCAAAAGAAAAAGAAGAAUCAAAGUGUCUGGGUACAUCCAAUACUGACCUUGAGACUGGAGAUGGAGGAACUCCACACAAUGAUCCAGGAGCUUAAAUUGUAUCCUGAGAAAUUUUGACAAUACUUUAAAGUUCUUAAAGUUGUCUAAUACUUUAGACAACUUUAAGAACUGUUCCAUCAGCUGACUCCAGGGCUUGCCAUUUGUCUGAGGUAAGAUUUAUAUUAGGCUAUAGAUUAAAUAGCAGUUUGCCUGCGAAUGUUCAAAAAACUCACUACAGGGGUAAAAAAUUACAGUUGCUUUUUCGCUCUGUGGAAGUUCGUAGACGGUGUGGAAGCUUUGCAUUGACUUCAUGAAGUUUAAAAAAAAGGAAAAUUUUCACUUUGCAAAUUUGCCCCAGUAUGUCAUGACCUUAAAAAGUAAAAACAAGGCUGUGGACCUGGGAAAUGAUACAUGCUGAUGAUACAUCCUGUAGUGACCCACUUACUAGCUUAAAGAUUAAAGGUACACUUUCUGAUACUGCACUGUUUUGUGGUUCAGUAUGGCAAUUUUCAUCUGGUUCAGAUUCAUACUGAAUCAGGAUGGUGCAGGACUGAAGGUACUUCAAAUCCUGGGUCUCCUCAGGGACUGAGAAAGAGUAGCACACCUUGUGGCUUACGUAGACCUUGAUUUGAGUAAGUGACUUUCACAACAAUUGGCCUGGAAAUUCACUGAAUCUUAACUCUUCUUACCUGAGAUUGUUUCUGUGCUGUAGAUUCAAACAGUGGUAGACGGCUAUCAUUGGAGUCUGCGUUAGCAGUGAGGGUAAGGAGGGGCUCCAGCUGUGAAAAUGUGCACUCACUGAGGGUAGACAACGCCAUCCCAUGAUAAGAAAUAAUAAAGUUACUAUAGUAAAAGAAGCUAAUGUGCCUAAAAUUCUGUUUCUGCAGAGAUCUAGCCGAGUGACAUGAUUAUUUUCAAUGCAGUGACUGUUUCAGACAAAUAUCAUUUAUUAUUAUAUUAAUAUCAAAUGUGUUUUUAUGACUUAAAUGUGAUCUCAGCUUUCCCCUGGUUACCAGCACAGAUCUGUGUUGCUGCUCAUCAGUCAGGGAGCUGUGAAAUGAUCACUGUAAUUCAGAUUAAUGAGGUUGAUUUGACACAUGACCUGAGGCAUCCUAAUUAAUACAUGAAAAGGAUGUACAAAUGUGUCACCCUUAGCGCAACAUCAUAUGUGGAUAGCUGCUGAGGGGAUACAGUCUAAUGUUAAAGCAAACAGAGGAUUAAAAAAAGCAUGAGUACAAGUUUACAUGCCAAAAAAAUUCACCAAAUGUUAAUGAAAAAAGUGAAGGCUCACUAGAUGUGCACUGUGACUGAAAAAGACAUUUUCUUCAUCCAUAUUUUCCAUCUGAAAUGGUUGAGAAUACUUUAAAUAGACAAUAUACAUGGACACUCCCCAUCAUAAUGAAGUGGAGCUUCAUACCUCUGUUCUUUGUGAUUAGAAUUGGAGCGGUCCAAUCACGCUGAAAGUGGGCUGCAAAUUCUCAGAGCUUCCAGAUACUGGGCCUUAAUAGUUUUAUUAAUACAUAUAUAUCUUCUCAUCACAAACACUUCCACUUCAGCAGUUACCUCCAGGCUUUUCAAUGUACACACCAUCACCUUGUUUCCCUACGAGAGGUGUCUUUAUAAUAGCCAAUUGUUUUGCCAUUAUAACAGAUGCAUAAAACCCCAGCCAGUAAAGGAAUCUAUGAGUAACCCUACGUACAUUUCAUCACACAGCUGCUCUGAGUGUUCCCACAGUGUACAUCAGUGAUAGACAGGCUUCACAGAUGAAGAAUGAAAGUAAUAUACGCAGGUCCUGCCCUUAAUUUGUAAAUACGUUCUUCUGCAUCGACACAAAAGCAGGUGCAUGCUGUGGGCUGGGCUCUGCCAAGAUUCUCCUCUUUGGCAGCUCUACAAUAAGAAAAGCAACAGCUGUUCAUUUGAUACUGCCUGCACCUUUGUUGACCCCAUUUCCGUCUGUGCGAUCACUGACAUAGUGGAGAAAUUAGAUGUUCUGCCCGCUCCCUACUGUGGCAGGUCUAGCUGUGAUUCUGCCCAGAUUCUGUCCAUUACAGUGGCCCCUCUGUCUGAUUAGCCCCAACACACUUACUAACAUGCCAAAUCACUGCCUGACUUAGGUGCUGUGAGCCUCCAUUCCCUCACAAACAGAUGGGGAAAACAGCAAGUCCAAGACAGCUGACAAAUGUGCUUUUUACAAUGCAGAACAAUGGUUUUUGUCUCAGUAUCUGGCAGAUGACUGAUGUAGUUGGCAGUGUAUUUGCAUCAAUAAUUUGAUGAACAAACACACAUGUAAAGACACUGUCAUUUGUAUAGAAUCGGCCUCAUUUAGUCCUGAUAUCCCAUGUGUGAGUUCAAUGUUUCGAAUUCAGCAAACAGCUGUAGUUUAUCCUCUCUCCAUGUUUCAAUAAUCUGGUAAUAAUAGAAUAUAGAAUAUAUUUGUAUGUUUCAUAAUAAGUGAUUAGUGUAUUGUUGAUGAUAUAAUGUCAUCAUGAGUUCUGAACGAGCUGCAGAGACUAUAACAAAGCUAACAAAGCAGCACAGUGUGAGGUGUGGGGUUUCGUGGCAGCAGCAGUUUAACAGUUAACAUCAGCAUGAAGUGAGUGAAAGGCCCUAUUUAAGAACAACAGAUAUUAUUUGUUUACUCUAUUAUUCAUUAUUAUCAGUACACAGUUAAUUAUAAUACUGUAGAAGUGCUUUAAAACCCAACUGUCCCUUUAUCAUGAGUGAAUGUGUCAUAAUGAUAGAAAAGACCAGACAUCUUUCUUUACUACUGCCUGCGCUCUGAUCAUUAUGAUAUUUUAAGGGAAAGCUCAUGCAUAUUCAGAAAAUGUACAAGUACAGCCCAAAGUGCACGGUUUCCAUACCUACCCCCCGUCUACUAUUAUCGACUUUAUACACAAGAGACAUUUGAACUGAAACACGCUUUUUUAAUAUUCACUCUCAACACAACUGGCAGCCUAAGUCAUAUUGAUCAUGGCUGAAUUAAAAGCACCUGAUGUAGGGCAUCUCUAAUCUGCAGGGUCUUUUAAGAGUCACCUGGUCUGACAAAUGGGCCCUUUUAAAGGAGUAUAAUGUGUUCUUAAAUUAUUUUAUUGAUGGGAGGGGGACUGCCACUCCAGGUACCCAUACAAGCUGAUUUAACAUGCUGUGAAAGGGUCAAUUUGGCCUCCAUUUUCCAUUUCUUCAUUAUCUGCAUUUAGAGUCAUGCUGAGAGGCUCGACAUGAGCUUGGAUAGGCUUCGAGGAAGUUGCACAAAUUUCAGCAUUUGCUCGCAUUUAAGAGGUUCUUUUAUUAGACUAGAAAUUUGCUAAUAGUUUGUGGUUGCUGUGUUGUGUGCUUCUGGGUUUUGAUAAACACCAAAGACCCACACAGACCGGUACACAGACUGAAUUCAACACACACACACCAAAGACCCACACAGACCGGCACACAGACUGAAUUCAACACACACAAGUGCCCCUCAUUAAUCAAUGUUAAACAUCACCAUGGCUUUGAUAAAUGCUAAAAAUGAAUAAAACAUAUUUGUGUCAAACUAAAAGAUAUGCUACGAAUAUGAGUGCACAUUUAUCUUCACCUCCUCAGUUCCUCCUGCACAUAGAUAUCAAAAAAGUCUGCUGUCCGCAAGAAGUGGUCAACACAUUAUACAAAGGUUUCUGGUCCUUUCUUUAUGAGUCUGUCCCCGGGUCAAAACCUGAGCUGUUUUGCCCACCCCUCUCCCCAACAAAACAACCUCGAAACCUUUGAGAAAAGAAAGAAAUGUAGCCUUUUAGGUUUCAGUCUGUGGAAAUGAUAGACCUAAACAGACAUGUUUGUGUUCAAAUUUAGGCCAAACUGCAGUGUGUCAUCUUUAUUUCAUUUCUAAACUGUUAUAAUGGCCUGGUAUUUUCAUUCAAAUAAAACCACAUUCAUUGUAAUAGAAAUACAAUAAAUACAACUGUCUGCAUGUUUUUUUCAAUGAGAAAUAUCAGACAAAAACAAAACUGAACAUUCGCAGAAGUACAUCCUGAGGGACUUUGUCACGGACCAGCAGCAAAGGAGAGAAUAAAACCAGAUGUCUUUUUGACAUUAAACUAGAACCGUGUUGGGGAAAAAAAAAACAUUUUGAAGCUGUGCUUGUGCUUUGUCACCUGUGUAAUGUGGUCCCUGUUUCAAAGAAUUUCUGCAUAUUUUAUCAGUAUAGAGGCUGUAAGCUGAAACUUUGAUCUACACACACACACACACACACACACACACGCAGUACAGCUUGUCGUCAGUGCCCCUGGAGCCCUUUUCAGCGAGGUUGAUCAUAAGACAGCCAGGACUCCAUCAGGUUGUAAUUGUUGAGAACAGCAUUCAGUGUUUUUAACACAAGUUUGUCAGGUUUUGGGAGCCUUUCAAUAACACAUUUGUGGUUUUGUCCAAGAGUUGCACGCUGGCUAGCAAUUUCUAUUGAGCUGCCAUUUGGCACCACACUGGCGACACACUUUAGAUGCAGAAAAUUUCAAAAAUUAUUAUAAUCAUUUGGCAUAAAGGCUACUCACACUAAACAGGAACAAUCAUCAGUGAAAAACAAAGGAGAAAAAAAAGUUUUCUCCUCAAUCAUUUAUCUAUUAUUUAUUGGCAUAGUCACAGGGAGACACUGGGGUACCCUCUGAGGGGAGGAGCAUUAGAGCCACCAGUUCCUGGCCCUUGGUCGAACAAAUACCUUUUGUGUAGAAGCCAGCCAGAAUGACUUCUUGUCUUUCGUACAGACAAUUUCCCUUGAAAACAAAUGAUUAAUGUUGAAUGAAGCAGAAAAGGUGUGUAACGCUCUUCAAGUCAGCAGACUCUGUAAAAGGGAGACCACUAAUUGCAUUGCUGUUUGCAUGACCUCUGCUUAAGUGCAUGAAAGCCUCCUGCAAACGGCAGGUGAAAUUGCAUUUCCAAGUAACAUUUUAAAGGGCCGUGUGGGCACUCUGCCUAAUAAAACCAUUUGUAAAUGACUCCUUUUUUAGACUCCAUCAGGAAGUGGAGCAAAGAACAUUCUAUCAUAGGAUUUAGAGUCAAUAUGCAUGUAAUCACAACAUUUAGAGAAUGUAGCUUGCAGUAAAGAGGAUAAUUAAUGAGAUUGCCUUAUGAACUGCUUAAUUACUGGCUGUGGCCUCCUCAAUUGUCUCUCUAAGUGCUGCAUUUGUUUUGCUCUUAUUGAUGUGGGUGGUAACCAUGGAGGGAAACCAGGACACCUGAAGAUGAGUAUUUUUAAACCUGUGAACCAGACAGUUACUGUCACCUCUUAUACUUAUAUUAUAUAUAUAUAUAUAUAUAUAUAUAUAUACACACACACAUCAAUAAGAGCAAAACAAAUGCAGCACUUAAAAGAGACAUAUAUAUAUAUAUAUAUAUAUAUAUAUAUAUAUAUAUAUAUAUAUAUAUUGUUGCUUAAAGUGCUGCAUUUGUUUUGCUCUUAUUGAUGUAUAUAUAUAUAUAUAUAUAUAUAUAUAUAUAUAUAUAUAUAUAUAUAUUUUUUUUUUUUUUUUUUUUUUUUUUUUUACACACAUAUAACUUUGUUUAUUCAUUUUUAUAUUUCAGGGCUGUCAAAAUCGAUGUGUUAACCUCAAAACCAUCACUGUGAUUAUUAUGAUGAAAAAUUCACAUGCAAUUAACCCAUUUGCAAUGCAGAAUGACUCAAAUCCCUGAAACGUCUCUGGCAAUGCAUUCUUAACAGCACGUUAACCCUCUCCAUGGGAAUUUUGUGUACCAAACCCAUGAUGGCACAGUUGACCAACAUAAAGUGUUGCACAUACUGUGAAAUUUUCUUUCACUUAAGCACUUCCAGCUUAAAAUAUCCCAUUAACGCAAAGGAUAUGUUAGUUGGGAUUCUGCUAGCACUUUAGUUUUCUUAAGUCUGCUUGCUCUUGCAAAAUCAAACAUUUAACAUUAAAAAUGAAUAAUACUUGAUUGUGAUUAAUGAAAUUGAUCUACAGCAAUUAUUAAUCGUUCUGAUAAAAAAAAUGUAACCCUAUGGAAGCACUAAUGUGUAUAUAUAUAUGUGUGUGUGUGUGUGUGUGUGUGUGUGUGUGUGUGUGUGUGUGUGUGUGUGUGUGUGUGUGUGUGUGUGUGUGUGUGUGUGUGUGUGAUUUGACAGCUACACAAUUAUUUAUAUAUCAGAUAGAUUUAUAAAACUUUAGCACUUUUCAUACUUUCCAUGUUCACAUGACAGGGGUUAUUUCAAAGUGACUUUAAAUGGAUGUCUGUUGUAGAUCUCCCCUGGACCAUGAGGAAGUGGUGACAGCACAGUGAUGUCUCAGGUCAUAUGACUGGCACCUCAUCUCCUGGGAUGCACAUGCACACAUCACAAUAAUAAUAAUAAUGUGGUUAAUACUUAUUAUUAAUAAUAUUAAUAAUAAUACUAAUCAUCAAACAAUAUGUACCACUACUGAGUACUGAUUACUCUUUAGCCCAGACACAACACCUACUGAAGGCUUGAUCCAAAGACAUAACUGGACUUAGUUAGAGAUGCCUUAGAGAUCCCUGUAUGAUCAUAGACUGUAUAUACUAUGGACAACUUGGUUCCGCCUACCGCCUGUAUACAGAUUUGAAGCCAAAUAGCUCUCAGUAUUUCCUGGAUUUUUUUUCAUUUCCUGAAACCAGCGCAGCGCAGUCGCCGAGAGUCGCUGUGAUGACGCUCGGCUCAAACAGCGUAUCCCCUGGGAGAGCUACGCAAUCCCUGAACGCCAAUAGGCUGUAUCAGGUGUCAAUCAUAGAAAACAUGAAUCCCCUAAUAACUUUUAAAAAUGGAGCUUCACAGAAAAAAAGAGGACUUGAGCACAAACCAGUCUGACAGUAUCUACAUGUCAACACCGCAACCAGGGGGAGAAACAUUUAUAUUCUGUGUAAUAAAUUUCUAAAGUUUGUCCACAGCUCCAUAAGCUUUGCUGGCGGAGGUGGGAUUUAUGACCUAUACUGCAGCCCAUCAACAGAGGGUGCUGUUCUUGCAGUGGCUUCACCCAGCAAGGAGGCAGACGCUGUCCAUUCUAUAUACAGUCUAUGUGUAUGAUCCAGAACCUUCACAGACACCACAGCUGACCAGGCUGAAGACAGACAGACAGACAGACAGACAGACAGACAGACAGACAGAUAGUCCAAGGCUAUAGAGUACUGCACAUUUGUCGCCGUGUGUGUGUUGGUGUUUGUGCAUUGUUGUGUGUAACAAGUUGGGUUACUGUGAAAUGAAUUGGCCUUCGGGGAUUAAUGAAGUUGUCUGAAUCUGAAUAUGUGUUGGUGUGCAUAUGCAUGUAUGUAUGUGCUAGUGCGUACGUCUAGUGUGUAUUUUUGUGUACGUGAGCUACUGUUUAUUUGCUGGUGUGUAUUAGUGUGUUUGAGCUCGUGUCUUUGUGCUGGUGUGUAUGUGUAUCACUCCGGCUCUGGGUCCAGGUUUACCCUUUGUACACUGUGCUCUACACCAUGAGUAUUCUCACCAAGGGUUGGACUGAAAAACAGCCUCCUGUCCGUCUUCCAUUCAGUGAACACACACAAGUACUACUAGCCAGUUAAUGGGGGUGUGUGUGUCCACUGACCCAUUCUGACCCUUCCUUUCUGAAGGCAACAAAGGUAGGAGUGAAAGAGGUGUGAGAUCAGCCACAUUUAAAUCAGCUGGAUGAGUGCACUUAUUCAUGUGAUCCCCACUGGGCUGCACAGCAACAAUGUGAUGCUUAUUCUCCACUCGUAUGUUGGUUCAGUGCUGGCUGACAUUUUACUCCUCACAGUAAACCUGUGUUUGUUCAAUGAUGACACCUUCAUUGUGUAAUUAGUUCACUGCCUGGUGUGUGGAGAGAGAAUGAUGAGCUGAUUGAAUACCUAUCAGUUCUCAGGACUCAAAGUCUAGUUGAAAAUGUGGUUUUACUUUCUUUCUAAUAAGAUAAAUAUCUCUCAGAAUUACACUUCACAUGUCAGCUGAGUUUAUUUCACUGUUAAACUUUAUGAACAUUAUGAACACAAUUUAUUGUGCCAAAUGUUGUCAAAUCACAAAUAAAUGGGAGAAAAUCAGCUGAUAAAAAUCAGUCUGUUAAUUUUCACAGUAAAACAAUCUUUUCUGCAGGAUUUGCUUUCAUUUCAGGAACUUUCAUUUCUAGCCCCAUCUAUUUCCACACAUCAGUGUGUCUUUAGUGCAGUGGAUUGUUUUAUUUCUGUUUUCACUUUUUUCAAACCCAAACAUUCAAACUGCAGAAAAACAGACUCUUCUCUACUUUAUAAUGUUUGGCUGAAUUUAACAUCAACCAAACAAAAAAAAAAGUUCAAAAACUGUUUGAUAUUAAAAGACGAAAAUGCAAAAGAAUUUUGUCCAGACUCAUUGUCCAGAUUUGUGUAAUUCUCUAGAUUUGUUAAUUUGUAUUAAACAAUAUUUAUUAAUUUAUUAUGUAAAAAUAAAAAUUACUGUUAAGAAUUUAAAGAAACACAAUAAUAACGGUCACAUUCAUCCUCCAUAGUUAGAGAGUAGCUCACACCAUCCAAAUUCUUCUAAAAAGCCACAUUUCCACUGAACACCUGCUCAGUAGGUCAGGGAGGCAAAAAGCACAGACAAUAAGAGAUGCAUUUUCAGAUUUAUCCAUGUAAGCUUGAAUGUUGCCUCAGUUCACUCCUAAUUUCAGAGUCAAACCUCCUGGAGACAGGCAGUGUUGAACCCAGUGGGCGGCAUGCUGCUUGAAUGGGAGCGUUUGCUCUGGAGCUGAAGACCCUCUCUGCGGCGUGGAUCCCUGCUGGAGCUGCAGAACAGGCCAAAGCCCUUCUUUCUCACUCCUCUCCCUGUGGAUUAAAGGGGUUUUGCGCACCUUUUUUUCCUUCACCAGGAGUGGCAUUGCACUUCCUUUUCCCAUGGACUCAGCAGAUGAGGCAGCAGUUUUUAGUUUUUCUUCUUGCUCACUUAGAAGGAGCAAAUGACCAGCAAGAACUCAAUUAGCAGCAUGUUCCUCCAAGCCAGGGGUCCGAGCUGCCGUUUGUUCAGGCUGCAUCACAGAUCAAGGCAGGCUUAAGUGUAGUGACAGCAUGGGAGAGGAAAGGCCAACAGCUAGUGUGUGUGUGUGUGUGUGUGUGUGUGUGUGUGUGUGUGUGUGUGUGUGUGUGUGUGUGUGUGUGUGUGUGGGUGGGGGGGGGGGGGGGGGGGCUGCAGCAUCUGCCCCCAUACAGAUUUGCUUAAUUGGGUUUGACUCCCACAAUUACAGGGUAAUAAUGGCCUUUUCAGCCCGGCCAUGUCGAAGUGAAAGGCAGUUGCUCGUACACCAGCAUGCUGUUAUAGCAGAGAGUGAGUGGCUGAUAGAGGGGAGAGGGAGAGACGGGGGAAUUGGCAAUGGACUUUGGUUAAGCAGUAGUUAUUGGGUCUUUGAUAGGACUCCAGGAGGCCGUUGCUGCAACAAUAACAGAAUUAAUGGGAAAGGCACGUUGAGAAUGUCAGUUCAGUGGGGGGCAGCUAUGGCCUUUGAGCAGCUCUCUGACGCCUCUGUGAUUGUACUGUCCACAACAUGGUGAAAAAGCUGGGGGAAACUGCUCUUGAAUGUCUUUUUUUUUCUAGCUAUUGUGUUUAUUGCGACACAAUAUCCUGGAGCUGUCUCUGAAUGACUUAGUGUAGCAAUGAACUCAUAAUCAAUUGGACAUUAUUGAGUUAAGUCACAUGCAGCUGCCAGAUAAUGACAGGUUAUAUUAAAACAAGACUUUUAAAAUACACUUAAGCAACAGCAACUGCAAAGUGACUUAAACAGCAAGAGGACAAUAACAACCAUUGGGUGAAUGUUGUGAAAAAUCAUCACCAGCAACAGUUAAACAGAAAAAACUACACAAAAAGACCGGAGCGACGUGCCAUACACAACACUCCUCUAGACUCAGAGUGCUCUGGUUUACUUGAUAAAUGGAUCCGGAUGAGGUAUUUCUGAAAUUAGGGGGAAUCUGUGUCGCAUCAGGUGAAUCCAAACUGAAGACAGGACAUCUAUGUACAUUUUUUUUUUUUUUUUCAAGUUCUCAAUCUAUUAAAAGUAUGGUUACAGAUGAGCAAAAAAACAAUGUGAUAUACAUGUGUUCUGUCCACUCAAUAACCAGUUAUUAGGUUUAAAUGAAUAAAUAAGCUUUUUUAUGAUGGCAUUGAGUUUAAGUUUAAAAUGCUGGUCAUAAUAAUCAUGACAGCAGAUUCAGUUUUCGCAGCAAUUUGAUAAUGACACUUUAGGUAUGUUUUACUAACCAACCAGGAUCAAAUGAAUGACACAGAGAGACUAAUGUCACAAUAAUGUCUCUUCUCUAUGAAAAGGCCCUUAUAUGUGUGCAAAAAGGAGAUCAGACUGGUUAAUUCAGUCCAUGUAAAAAGAAAGCAUUUGAAAAUAGCGAAACAAUUAAGGCUAAUUGAAGGGAAAAUAUUUAAAUAUCUGUAUUUUAAAAAUGUAUGAUAUGAAGAACCUGCUCUCAUACUGCACCAACCUCAGGGUUUGAUGUGGUGAAUUGUUCUAGGUGGCAUCAUGUGUUCACCAAGGUGCCGACCGGGGUCAGUUAACCUGAAUUCUUAAAAUCUGAGGUUCCUCCUGUCUUCUCUCUCCUCACAUUUUCAUCUUCGCAUCCAGUUAAUAGAGCAUCAAAGCGAAAUUGUCCAUCUACUGAGGUCAUGUUUGGAUCAACAUUUUGAAAAGAGUGAGCUGUGCUUCAGAAAAUACAGAUACAGGGACAUCUGCUCGGUCCAUAAAAGCAUCUGUGUGUAUAAGGCAGCAUGUUGUUUGUGAACAGAGUGGAACCCAAAUCCUCUGGUCUGAUACACACACAUACAUACAAUUUCUCUGCCACACACACACACACACGCAUGCACACACACACAACAAAAGUUUCCACUGUGGGCCAGAUUGUAUGUACUUUGAGCACUGUGCUGUCAGUCAGAAUUAGCCGUAACGAUGGGCCCAUUUUGACACUUCAAAAUCAAGUCUUGGCAAAUAGCCCUGGGAAGAGGAGCCACAUGCUACGAGAUGGCUUUUCCCUGAUAUAAUUUGUGACUGCAAAUUACAAAACAGAGGUAGAAAUAAUGUGUAAAGUCAAGUUUGGUGAGGGAGAAAAUGGAAAAAUUUAGGGCUGUGUACCACUCUAAUGGAUAUCCUUGUAGCUGGGAGAAAAUGGGACUCAAUAAUGUGUCCUUAAUGUUUGCCAGCACUGUUCCAGGGAAUGUAUCAGAAGAAAUGUCCCCUGCCAUUUCUGCAAACAAUCACUUAAUGGGACAGGCAAAUCUCGACAAAAUGGAUGUAGUGAUCUAUUUCUGGGCUUGACAGAUGGAAUGAAUCUGUGGCUCCUGAAAGACAAAAAAGAAAAAGGCAAAAAAGCGAAGAAAAAGACGGACCACGACAAAAAGAUCAAAACAAGCCUUUCUCAAUUCAUUCAGACACACACGCCUGCGGUGUUUGUGUGUGGCUUAAGUGCAGACACUGACAGGAAUUUCAAUUAUUUCAUUAGGGAGGGAAAAUGAAAAGACUUAAGAGUUGUGAUUCCUGAAGUCUUUCAUAGACCAAUCUAAUGUGCGCUCACAUUGGAAAUCAACCAAGAUGGAAGAGGGGCAAGUGAAGUAGCGUCUUCCUAAAUCAUGCAAUUAAAAUGGCAAAUUAGUUUCUUGAUAUAUUCAUUUAAGUGGUUAAGUGGAAAUGUUUCUCUCCCCAUCCGCGCAGCUGUCUGUCUCCUGGGUGGCUCUGGAGAGGCAGCGACAGCCACAUGCUCUUAUGAUUAAGGCUGUCGUUCAUUUGCUGUGCAAACGUUGAAAGCACUUGCUGCUCAAAUUAGCCAUUUGAAGGCUCGAAAAUUCAAUUCAAAGGAGUUGAUUUAAGCAUUUAGGCAAAGUGUAUCUGGAACGUAAAGAUUUUGUCCACUAAUGUCAGUAACUUCCAGAGGCCAUAUACGUAGCUGUGUGCACCAUGUGCUCGAUGAUGCACAGACCAUCUAAAAAGCAAUUUAAUCUGGUUCAUUCUGGACCUGCUAUACAAGCUAUUUCCCUGUUUAACAGCUGCUGUGUGUGUUUAUAUAUUUUUGUCUUUAACAUUUGAUAAUAAGACAAUCAUUCAAUUAGCAUGAGGAUGGAUCAAAGCUUCCUACUAAUACAACAUUUGUGGGGUAUAUUCAGCAGUGACUGUAUUUAAAGAGAAAACAACAAAAUAUGUAUUUAUUUAUAGUAUGGACAAAAAUGACACAAUUAAGAUCAAAUACCUCUGCAAUCCUAUAGUUUUAUUGCAAAUUAAAAUAGGAUUGCAUCAAAAUUAAGUUCAAUCAAAUCCAAUGCUUAACAACACAGUUUGGGGACCGCACAGGGACAUGUAAGGUUUUCUGAAAUAUUGAAAAAAUCCUUUUAUUACUCAAGAUCAUAAAGUUGUAAAACUGAACAGAAACAGAGCUGAACAUUUUCUGAAGGUGCACGUGAACAGCUACAUCAUGUUCUGCCGGAUUUAUGAUGUCUCCAAAAUAAUGUAGGACUGCAAACCACACACUCUGUAAUUAUGGCUGCCCCAUUACCUUCUAAGUACUAUAUGAACUCUUUAUCCACCCAUGAUACCACAUAAAUAUAGACUUUCCAAAACAAAAUUAAUGUCUCAAAAGCUGGAUGGAUUCAAAAAAACAUGAAUUUGCUCUGCUGUCACAGAGGCAUAUUGUCCACUUUGAUAGUGCAUCGGAAGAUAUCAAAUGUCCCCCUGGCUGCCACAGUCCCAAUGGAAGAAAAUAGGCUGUGGUCUAUAAAAAUGAAGUUAGAUGUAAGUACAGCACUCAAAUCUCAGGCAGAAAAAAUGCUUUUUCUGGGGCAUUUUGUUGUUGUCAAUUGGUCUGAGCAACUUGCUGUAAUGCAGGUAAUGGAGCUACUCUUCUCCUUUCAUCUUCAGGGUUCGUGCAUGUGUGUGAGGAGAAGCGAUGGGAUGCCCAGCUGGAUGUGGGAAACAGGCACAACAGGAGCAAACACAGUCAGAUGAUGGUCAGAGAGAAGGAAACAAAGUCAGAGCACAAAGACCUGUAAUGGUGUGAGCUGCAUCUUACUACAUCUGCAGGCUCCACUUACACACCAACUCCAUAGCAGAUUUGAAGUAUUUUUGCAUAGCUUUGCUUUACAACAAAUCAUUGUUUCUGUUCUGUUGCCUUUAACCCAGUGUCCUAGCGGUUUGCAUUGAUGAUCAGUGUGAUAUACCUCAUGUUUGGCCAAUUUCACUAUUACUGCCUAGAUUAUGAGCUGAUAGAUAUAAAAGACCCACUCAUAAGAACAAAACAUGUUUUUCUUGUUGUCUACGUGUUCAAAAGUAGGUGCAAAAUUGCAUUCUGAGCAUUUCUGCAUUCAAAUCACUGUGAAUCUCUGGAAGACCCAAACAGCAGGUUCGGACACAGUUAGAGUUCUUACGUAGUAAAUCCAAGCUCCGCCCCCGGAGCCCCACUCUGCAGGCCAGACUUGGAGAAAUAAAGGGGACGGGAAAAGCGUGAGCAGAUUGCAAUUCUCGUAAGAAAACUAAUUAUGAUAUUAACUUUCAUCUUGUCCCUAAAGACAUUUUUGUCUGAAAGCUAAAUAGCUCGGAUGUUACCUGACACUUUUACUACACCUGCAAUGUUGGGCUACAAGCUAUUGUGAAGAGAAGUGUGAAGAGGAGUGUGAAGAGGAGUGUGAAGAGGAGUGUGCAGAGCAGCGCUGUCUCUGCCCACAACUCAGAGGCAAAUUCCUAAUGAGCUACUGGAGCUCUGCAGAAGAAAAGCCCUUGACACAGGUUACGUGAUUUUUGCUAAAAACUUCAUAAUCACAAUUUGAAGACCACUGAGGACACUUUAAGUAGUAAAAAAAACAAAAACAAUCGGAGUGGGACUUUAAUAUGAGAAUUUGAAAAAAAAACAACACUCUGAUGCCCGCCAAUGCCACUCAUCCCCAUAUUUGCACUUAAUGUAUUGCUGUAAAGGGAGAACUUUUAGUGACAUCUGGCAUUUUUACAAAUGCAGCCAAACUUGACCAUACAUGAGUUCCAGUUACAUGUCUUUAAAAUGUCUGUGUGAAUAACUUAAAACUCUGUAUCUUGCAACCAUACAUUUUAGCAGUUAAGGAGACAGGGGUGGAGGUUGGGAGGGUUAAGCUGUCCUUGUCUUAAUUUUGGCAACAGAACAGCUGUGACAGGUCGGAGGAAGUGUAUUUCUCGGUUUUUAGUUGGACCUGUGGGGAGGUAAAAGGGUGUAUCUGGAGCUGUGACAUCCUUGUCACUCAUAGGUAGUGGUUAGGUUGCAGACUUUGACCACUUUCACUCAUGAUUUCAUGGAUGUUAAGAAUUCUGUCCUGAAGGAGGAGUAACUUCCACAUAAAAAUACAUUUCAUACUCUGAAAGUGAUUUCUUCUGCUCCACAGAGACAGGCAGUCUGGCCUUGUGACACAGUGAAGGGCAUAUUUUUGUGACAAUAACUCUUUUGUGUCAUUGUACAGUACAUUUAUCCAAUCCAUUAACAAGUCUCUGAAAAACAACUUUUUCCAGUUAAACCUGCAGAUGUGUUUUUUCUGUUUAGGGUGGUACAAUAUUUGUGCUGAAUUUCUAAAGCUGCAUUUGCUUGAAUUGUCAACGAGUGUUAUGAGAUGGUUGUCUUCCUUUAAAAAAAGGAAAAGAGUGAAUUGUUUUCUGUAAAUCUUUUUUAGGUCUGUACGCACAAUUUUAUGUCAAAUCUAUUUCAUAAACAAUGAGGUGGUGGUUUUUAGAAAAGUGAACAGGCAGGUGAGUCUGAACAGGCGUCCUGUGGUUUCCCUGCGCCGUGUUAAUGUCUUCCAGGGUUAGUGAGUCAUUCAAAGUUUCAUCUUGUUCUUCUUUAGAAAGGUGAGAUAGUUUCAAAGCUUUUAAGAAUUUAUGGAAGACUUUGGUAUUUUUUAUGAUCAGAUGUGCAGGUCUUUGUAGAAGUUCAACUAAAUGUGUCAAAUAAAUUGUGGUAGAUUUUCCAUCCUGGGUUUUUUUAAACUGUAUGUUUGCUGCGCCUGUAGGUUCUUUGAUUAAGGUAUUUUCUUUGAGGGUCAUAGAUUUUGGAAAGACUUCAGUCAUGCCUGGUGUUUGAUUUCUUAAUGGUGCUCGAGUGGAUUCAGUACUAUCUGAAAACAAAGGAUGGGCUGUGAAAUAUGUAAGUAUCUCCGUAAUGGAGAUGGUUAGAUCUUGAUCUUAGCAUUCUUUAUUGAUCAAUGAUUGAAUUAAUCUUACAAUUUAUAUCAACCCCUAUAUUUAUAUCAACCAAGUGAGUUGGACCUACAAAGAAAUGAAACACAAGGCAUCAAUGUGGAACUCCAUCCACGUGAACAUUUACCACAUCGACACAAAACCAGCCAAUAAUAUUACAAAACCUGCCUUAGAGAACAAAGUAGAGACUCAGCAUUAUGACCCCAUGGCUAAAAUGUCAGCAAUGUGGAAAUAUUUCAACUGGACAGUGACAACAGUCCAACAGCCAUUCGCAAUAUAUCUAGACCUACGACCUCUUCAGUGGCUGUAGUCAAGAGUACUGCAUCAUUUAUUUCCUCUAAACUCCUCUCACUGCAGGACUUGAAUUAGUCUUGUAUUCACCGAGCAGCCUCUGUUUCCUCAAUGAUUACACUAGUUUUGAUUUUUCUCUCUUUAGCUGUUAGCAACUAGCUUCUCAGCUCCUCAUCAUAGCUAUGGCUUCUCUGUCUGUCUCUCUGUCACCUGCUCUCUGCUGUUCAGUGUGUCAGAUGUUUAGUUACACCUGUCCUCCUUUACAGAUCUCAGUAACUGUAAUAAGUGUAGUUUACUCAAAGAACUGGAGGCCAGUGUCUCAGAACUGGGGUCAUGGCUCCGAUGUUUGGACACCAUUAGCAGUGGUAGGUAACCAGCUUCCAGUAACGAUCAGGGUGUAGGCAGAGGUAGCUUAGAGAUACAUGUGAGUGUUAAUUAUAAUAGACAAAGCCAGUUAGAAGUUACAAAGUUUAAGAAUUGUGUGUGAAGUUCCUAAAACUAUGUCAGAAUCCAUAACGGUCUCUGGACCCCUGCUAAACUAGACCAGGGAUGAUAUCUACAUAUUUAUUAUUUAACACUGGCUGUCAAGCUGGUGGCAGAACGGCAUGGGCUUCAUAGAUAUUUGGAAAUUGUCAAACCUGGUCUGAUUAGUCCAGAUGACAUACUUAAGAUGGUGCAUUUGCUUUAACAAAGAAUCUGACUUUUCUUUUAUUAGUCUAAAAAGACCCAGAGUGGAGACCAGGAAGCAGAGCUGUAGUCUGACAUGUGGCUCUUAGCCUCCCAGCCACUACAAUGUACACAAUGUGUCAGUUCUCCGACCCAGGCCUUUCUUUGUUUUAAAACCCCAGUGCCAACAGAGUUGGGACGUUGUGUGAAACCUGCUAACAGCACUGUAACUAGGUUUUAGGAAGCAAUUCCAGCUGCUCUAAACUCAAUAUUUUAUCCAGACUCAGUUGGUUGCUCCUUCAUGAACACUUGUCCCUCUCAAGUUAACCAAAUCUUUGAGGAUACUUCUGAUCUGCUGUGAGCCGUUCUUGAUUCGGUUGUUCCUCUCAAACUAAAGACUAUCAGAGGUCGGAGAGUAGCUCUGAGGUAAAAUGCUGAAACCCAAAACCUGAAAGAGAUAGGGCGCUCCACCAAAUCAUCUGCAGGUAACUUAUUCUGAACGACAGCUCUUAGUGAUUACAGGAAAGCUCAACAGCAUGCUUGGACUGCCCACUACUCCUUCUAAUUGAAGAAAAUAACAAUAAUCCUGGGAUGCGGUCCACAGCCUUUUAAAGAAGCUGUACCUCUUCUCAAAAAUCCACUCUAGAUUCAGGCUCUUUGGCUAACUAUAGGCUGAUAUCAAACCUCCCCUUUAUUUCAAAGUUACCUGAGAAAGUCGUAGAUAAUCAGCUCUGUGACUCUCUCAGCAGCAACAGUUUGAGUAUUUUCCAUAGACCGCAUAUAAAAUGGAUGUUGUCUGCAUCCUCACUGGGUAAAGCCACCCCAAGAACAGCACCCUCUGGUGAUGGGCUGCAGUAUAGGUCCUAAAUCUAACCUCCUCCAGUCAUCCUUAUGGGGCUAUGGACAAACUUUAGAAAUUUAUAACAUGGAAUAUAAUUUUUUCUCCCCUCUACCUUCACUGUUGACAUGUAGUUAUUGUAAGUCUGGUUUGUGCUUAAGUCCUCUUUUUUCUGUACAGCUCCAUUUGUAAAAGUUAUCAGAGGGUUCAUGUUUUCUAUGAUUGACUCUUGAUACAGCCUAUGGGCGUUCGAAGAUUGUGUAGCUCACCUGGGGGAUAUGCUGUUUGAGCUGAGCGACUCACAGCGACUCUCUGCGGCUCUCCUGCCGAAUGCAUACAACGCUACUGCACAAGUGGUGAGGUGCGUACAACGCUACUGGGCAAUGUUGGUUUUAGGAAGUGGAGAAAAAACACAGAAUUACCCAGAGCUUUUUGGCUUCAAAUCUGUAUACUGGCACAAGGCGGAACCAAGUUGUCCAUAGUAUAUGCAGUCUAUGGUAUUUUCUAGUUGAGUUUAGCCGCUGAACUAUUCACUGUUGGUGAUUAAAAUUAAAAGGCUUGGUGAACGUUUUUAAACCCUGAGCUGAUAAAUUUUGUCAAACAUCAAGACUACAGUCGCCAAAGACUGAUUCAACACCUGCUUGGAUGGGCUAGGCCUCCUCUAAAGCUAGUUCAUCCCCCCACAUUCAAUCAAAACCUUGCAGUCAUCACUAUUACUGCAGCUUGCCAAGCUUUGGACAUUUCUGUUUUUUCAGCAAAUUCCCGAAGCCCUGCAUUGCUGGGUGCUGAUUGGCCGCUGGUCAGCUUGGUCUUUUGUCUCAGCACAGAGUUUGUUGUGGCCCCAGUUUGUCCCUUUUCAACCCACGCUGUUAGCCUGCUGCAAAUCUGCCUGAUCUUGGCAGUGUAGUAUUUUUGUGGUCACUCAAUCUCCGUAAACAACUUUAAUAAAAGGACUGAUUGAGGUAAGGUGACGUUGGAUUUUUUUGACGAUAACUGCUGUGUAAUUUUUAGAUAUUUGUUUGGUUUCUGUGUGGUGUUUGUCCCAGCUCCUAUCUCUGAGCAUACAGGAAAUCCUAAAAUAUUAACCAUCGUUGUCAUUGGACAUGUAAAAGUUUGAUUUUGCCUAACUUAAUUCUCAAAUUCUAUUUACUCCAUAAAUUUCACUCUGCAGCCACUGUGCAACAAAGAUGAAGAUGUAGCUGCUCGCCCUCUCCAGCUAAAAUAGACGGCAGAGACGAUAAAGAAAUGUGAACCUAUUUACAACAUGUACUGAACAAAGAGAGAGCUGAUCCUUAUCUUCCAGGUGUUUGAAGUCUAAGACGUUGGCAGACAAUUGCUUUAUGUGACUGAGACCCAAAAAUCAAACUUCUGCCAAAGAAAGUGGUGUUAUUUCUUUAUUAGGCUAUUUAUUUUAUCCUUAUUUUAUGAGAUUAGAAUUGCCUACAGCCAUCCACUGAUUGGAUAAUCUAUCUGCUUUUAUUAGUCUAAGUAUAAUUUCAUAAGAAAUGCUAAUGCUAGAGGCUUUAUGACAGAAGUAGGUUGAGACAGUACUCUGUUAUAUUCUUUAUUUUACUGAGACCCGACUCUAAUCCUCCGUGAACACUCAGGAACCAGACUCACAGUGAACAGCUGUCUGCUGUGACUGUGUUAGAAAAUGAGACAGAGAUGCAGAAAAGGAUUCACAGCACACUGUAACUUUGACAAAGGCUAUUUUCAUUAGUUUUAUGUUCUGUGAAUCAAACAGGUUCACAAGGCGCCCUGGUUUAGAUUGAGAUUGCUGCUUUGCAGAGAAGAUACUCAGAGUGAUCCAGAGCUCUUCAAUGAAUACACAGAGCCCUUCAACGAGCAUCCCAUUCUAUCAUCCUUUCGCCUGAAAAAAUCCAAUACAGCUCUCCAUGAGAAAAGAGAGGAUGGAAACAGGAUAUUUCAUCCAGAUGAAACAAUGAGCAAUAGAUGUAUCAAGUAUCAAAGCAUUGCAGGACUUGUGUGUUUGUGUGUAAAGGGGGUUGGGAAAUGUAAAGCCCAUUUUCAGGGACUGAUCUCCAAGAGAACAAAGUGAGGCAUACACACACCCAUGACCCCGAAGCUCAGUUCAGUGAAAAUAAUUUGUUCAUUACAGCACAAUUACUGACACUUAGAGGCUCUAGCCCUGAAGUGUGUGUGUUUGAGGUGGAGAGGAGGGGCCUGCUGCUGCUGCCUACUGAUGCUGAGUGACCUUAUGUCCGUGUGUGUGUGUGUGUGUGUGUGUGUGUGUGUGUGUGUGUGUGUGUGUGUGUGUGUGUGUGUGUGUGUGUGUGUGUGUGUGUCUGCAGGUGCAGGAUGUACAGCUUUAUGGGUGGAGGGCUGUUCUGUGCAGGCGUGGGGAACAUCCUACUGAUCGUUUCCACAGCAACCGAUUACUGGAUGCAGUAUCGGCAGUCCAGCAAGUACAUGCACCAGGGCCUCUGGCGCUACUGCAUGCCUGGGAAAUGCUUCCCACACAAUGACAGCAUUGGUAGGUUCAGUGUUUGCUAAAAUUUUUUAAACCAUGGAAGCAGAAUGUGAAUGAUGUGAAACAGACCAGUCUAACUCCCUGCUCUUCAUGAAGGGAUGCUGUAGGUCCACCUCCAGUCAAAAAAAAAAAGAGAGAGAGCGAGAGCUUGAACCUAAGAGUUCCGGGACUGACUCUGAGGUCUCAGUGAGAUAAGAGAGAUAAGACAGAAAAUUGCUGUAAAUAUAUCAAAAUGCUAAAAAAAAACAAAAAACAACAUCAUUGUGGUGGACCAUCAUGUCAGUAAAAAGGCCUCCUAGCUUUAGAUAGGUUAAAGUGAGAACAUUUUGCCAUAACAUAUCCCAAAAAAUUAUCCACAAUUUUUUUUUUUCACCCUGACCUGACAUUACUGGAAAAAAUAUCCUCAUCCAUGUCAUGUAGCUAACUUAGAUGGCAAAUUGGGCUAAUUCAACAAAUAUCUGACAGGCUCUAUGAUGAAUUUUGAGCUGCUCUUUUAGGAAGCUCCUGUUGUCUCAUGAAUGAAGCGUGUCCAUAAGAAAUACUGUGUGGUUAUUUAUGAUGAAUUACAUGUUUUUUUAUAUCUUUAUGGGAAAUAUAUAACCACAUGAUUUGUUUUGGUCAGGGGUUGUACAUCUUCUUGGUGCAAGCAUGUUUUUCAUAAAAUUAAGUAAGACUUAAAAAAAAAGGUUCUUGCCUCUAGAACAUCAGUUGUUAAACAUUGUCUGCAUAAAUGAAGAGGUCUGGUCUGGUUUGUAAAUCCUGCUCUGCAUGUCAUCACUCUAAUGGAGACAGUUUUUUUUCUUCUGAAAGGGUUUCACAGACAUGUUCUCCAUGAAAUUGGUUUGUUAACAUGGCCUGACCUGGGUCACAUCUGUUGACUUCCACUGACUCCAGCCAUGACUCUUGUUGACCUUUGACCUUCUCCACAGCUCACCUAGAUGCCACUCGUGCCCUUAUGAUCCUCUCUCUUCUGGCCUGUUUUAUCGGUAUCAUCAUAGGCAUCAUGGCCUUCAUCCAUUACUCCUCGUUUGACAGGUUCGACAAAACCUUUGCUGCAGGCAUAUUGUUUUUCAUCUCAUGUAAGUUCACUGAUUCAUUACUCCAUCUAUUUUAGUUGGUUUGUCUGUCUAAAGGCUUACUCUUGGUUUUAUACUGGGGCUCUGUUCAUCUCUUGUGUCUUGUUUAAAAGUAAGGAUAUGUAAGAAAAGAUAAAAAGAACUUUAUAAUCCCAGAGGGGAAAUUUGAUAUGUGCCAUGUGGUUUGCAUGACAUGCGAACAUGUGUGCAGUGGUGUUAAGUGUUUGUAUGCAAUAAUACAAUACUAUUUUGGCCAUUUGUCUUAUUCAUUCAUUGCACCUUUCCAGGCUUUUUAGUGUUUCUAGCAAUGGCAAUGUACACGGGUGUGACUGUGAACUACCAUGGAAAACGCUAUGGAAACUGGAGGUUCUCCUGGUCCUAUAUCAUUGGCUGGGUGUCAGUGGUUCUCACCUUCUUUUCAGGUACACAUGCAGAGCAACAAACUGAACUGCAUUAGAGUUCCUCUUUUUCAUGAGCAUUCAGGUCCUCUGAACACAUGAUCCUUUAUUUGGUCCUUUAUGGGAGACAUUACUUUGGGGCAAUGCCUGCUGUUUAUUCCAGCCCUUCUGUACAAACUGUCCUGAGCUCUAUAGCAGCUACUCUUUAAGACAUCACCGAGCAGAGACCAGGGAAUAUUGCAUUUUAUUUAUUUUUUAAUUUUUUUUACUUAAGGGGUAAGUAGUCAAAUUUAAAAAGAUUAACUUUUUUUUAAAUAUUUUUAUUGACCUUCACAAUUUUAAAAAUUUAAGAGUAAGUGAAUUACCUUCUCAUUUCUGGAAGGAGAGAACUUCAGUCAGAUAUCUGAGCCUAUCAGGACAUCUAUGCUGCCCUGAGGCCCAGAAGGAAAUAUUAAAAUUACAUUAAUGUCCAGUUAAAAUCCAGUUUUUAACACAUAAGAAAUAAAUAAUAUAGAGCAAACUGAAUUAACUGUGAUUAACGUUUUUUUAAAUGUUGACACAAUAUCAACUGUUGUGAACAUUUAAUAGACUGUGACGAUAGUGUCUUUCUGCUACAGUUGUAUUCAGUCAUUAAAAUAACUAUCACACUCAGAAGAGAGAAGGUGAAAUACUUGGAGAUCAAACUGAAUGAAGCUGUAGGUCUUAAAUCACUUCUAUAUGCUGCCAAGGCCUUAACAAAUACUAACUGCGUAGAUGUAUCAGAUGAAUAAUAUUAAAACUGCAGUGUAUUGUACACAAUGGCACAAAUCAAAUCAAUUCAAGGAAAACCCUGAUAUAUAACUCCAUAUGACUCACUUUUGUCAGAAUGAAGUCAAAGACUUUUUAACUCAUUUUCAAGCUGUUGGAUCGAUGAUAUGACAUUAUCAGUCAGUGAUGCUCCGAGUUGGUGUUCCUCUCUGAAUUCUCCUGCAUGCUGAGCAAAACCUGCAGCUGAGAUGGAUGCUCAAUGGACUGAAUAUGAAGGUGGUUUAAGGGAAAGGCAUCAAUAAAUUCAUUUUAACAUUUCAUCCAACAGGCACAUAACAUUUCUGUGAGAAUAAACGAUCCUCUUAAAAUAAAACCUACUCAGAGAUGAUAUUCCUGUUACAAGCUGGUGCGAUACUCGUUGAUUCCUUCUGCAAAAGAACAAACAUGAAUAUGAGUGUGAUCAAAAAAACAUCUCCAUUCAAGUCUCCAUAAAAAAGAACAUAUUUAUUGACUGUAAAGCAUAAAUUUGAUGCUCUCCUUCUUCUGUCUCUGCAGGUAUUUUCUAUUUUUGUGCCUAUCGGAUGCAUGAAUGCCCCAGGAAUGCUAACUCACACUAAGAAUAUCACCCUAAAUAACCAUAAGAGCUGCAUCAUAAACCAUCCACUACCAACACUGAUGCAUAUGUAUUGCCCGCCAAUGAGCUCAUAGCCCUGAAACGUGAAUGAAAGGAAAGUUUAAAUGAUUUCAAUAAAAGAUUUUGAAAAUA